AUGGAGUCAUCAUCUCCGUCCGAUGAUUCCGAAAGGAGACUGUCGGACAGACCCAUGGAGUCGUUGUCGUCUCCAAUCAGGAUGCCCGGCAAUGCGGCCGCGAGGUCGUUGCUGGAGUCCUCCAACAACGGGGCAAUGGUGUCGAGCUGGUCACCGCAGCUAGUGCUAACUGUCGAUCCACAAUUCCCCCUGGGGAUAUUCAUUCUGACUCAGGCUAGCUUUGGGUGCUAGCCUGUGACGGAGACGUCACUGUGAAGAGGGCACAGUGUGGACAGGAGCUGGGGGAGGCUAACGCUUCCUGGGCAUGUUGCAGCCCAAGGCAAGCGAAACACCGAGUGAGUGUCUUGGCCGAUAUCUUGUUUCCACAGGAGCAGAUUUGUGCCGGGAGCUUCUCCUCGUUUGGAGUGUGAGAUUACUUUGUUGACAUUGCUGAGAUGCUAUGUUUUUAGCCAUCAGGAAAAACUAUCAUGGUAGGCUAGUUAUCUUCGACGGUGGCACUCGGUGUGAGAUUGCUUGGUGUAGCUAAUACAACUUUUCUUGUUGAAGCAAAACCACACAAUUGUUAAGCUAGCUAGCGAGGUGGCUCGCUUGCUAAUGACUAGUCAUUGUUUGGUUAAAGCUAACUUGGUUGUGAAACGAGUUAGCCGCGUCACAACUGCACCCGUUCCUCCUUCAAAAAAUCUUCCUCUAACUAUGGUGAGAAAAAAAAGGAAAAUUGAAACCACCGCACAAUCCAGAGAAUAGGCUCACGUCUGUGCACAGUUUAGCUAAUUCCGGAAAAGACAGUCGUGUCGAGGUAAGCUUUCUGAUGAAAAGCGAGAAGAGGUGUUUGAAUGACUCGGAAAUGCUUCGUCUGACCUUUUCUAGGGUAGGAGGGACGCCCCUCCUGACGGACACGUCUCGACGUCCAGCCAAUUAUGGCUGGCAUAAUGUAAUAAAUGCUUCUGACGAAUACGCUGGGGGCGUAUCCCGUAAGUGAAAUACCAAAACGAAAACUUGAAAGAGAACUAGGAAUACUCGGAAACCAGGGAAACAACCCGGGAAACAGAAUUUCGCAAAAUAUAAAAUAGAUUUUGUAGGGCCCUGCAACUGUAGACUGCUGACUGUUCCAAAUUACUAAUAACACCCUUUUUGAGAUUGUGGUUUUAUUUUUUCCCUCCAAACAAUACGUUCUAAUAUAAUAUUGUCAAUUUUAAAAUGUAAUUAUUUUGUAUGGAGGGUAGGUUAUUAUAGCAGGGCAUCAAAUAAACGUUUUGGUCCACCAGCCACUGUGGCAGGUAGAUUUAGAAAUCUACCAGCCACUCAGAUGUUUUACCAGACAAAAUAAUGUUGUAUAUUGUUUCAUUUCAUAAUUUUUUUUAUACCAAAAUAUCACAGAUGAGACAAAUGUUCACCUGCCCCUUUUAGGGCGGGAGGUUACCGUGGUAGCGCGACUCGAGUCAUGUUUGUGCCUGUGAGAUUGAGUCUGACUAGUAGAGGCGACGUCUUCUCUUCUCUAGCAGUUGAAACUUAAACAUAGAAAGACAACCUAGCUUAUGAACAAAACAAUGUAAAUAGCCACAAAACACAAAGACAAAGUCUCACUUCAGUAGACUUUUGUUUCAAGUCAAUUUAGACUAACUUUUAUGCAUGUACGCAGCACUUCUAAAAAAUAAUCUUUCACUCAGCCCUUCAGGUGCGCACAGCUCCAAACCAGGCAGUGUUGCAGCGCGAGGUGGAAUAGUCUAUAUAGGAUUCGUAGUUCUUUGACUUUGUGCGAUUUAAUUUACCAGCUGUGAAACAAAACGGCAGAAAUACUUUGAAAACAGCUACUGCAGCACUAUUUUUAUUCACAAAUGCGAGUGAAAUGCUCGCACUGUGGGGAGCCCUGACCACCCGCCAACGUGGCUGGUGAAAUAUACUUAUUACCCGCCAAUGCCAAUAUCUACCCGCAUUUGGCAGGUGGUGGUUGUUAAUUUUAGGCCCUGCAUUAUAGGCUACUUGCCCAGCCCUCAAAUUAAAGAUCCAAUUGAAAUUAUGUGCACAUCAUCUGCUUUUCCGGGCCAAUAUUAUUUUCAUUCGUGCUAGUAGCUUUUAGUUGGCAAUGGCCUGGUUUGCCACUGGCAAAUUUACCUGACUGUCAAGCCAUGGUUGAAGCUUUAGGUUGCUAAGAAAAGGACCAACUGAAUUGCUUUCAUUUAGGACUUGCUUGACUUGUGAGGAUGACCACACAUUUUUUUUCAUCAUGAACAAAAGUUAAUGGUUUUCUACUCAAAGUUGCAAAGAAAAUGUUGCAAUCCAUUUAAUAGACACGAGACCAGCAAACUGGAUACAAGGUUGCAGUAUAGCAGGAAUAGUGCCAUCUAUUGAGCAAAGCCUGCUACUUUCAUAUGCUUUUAUGGGAAUUAAGAUGAGUGACUUCAAUGGCUAAUUUCUCUGAACAGGGGAAAAAAAAAACAUCACCAAAUUCACUGGGAAUACAUUACAUAGUAUCAAGACGCAAUACUCCAAGCUGCAGCACCAUACUACUUGUCAAACAUAGUGAACUGAUACUGUAUACUGGUUGUUGGGGUGGGAUUGUUGUGCGGGGUCUUUUGGUGGCUUUUGAACAUUUUUGGGAGUUCCUCAUGUCUUACUCAUUGGUUGGAAGAAGUGUUAUAUCAGAUAAUAAGAAGCAUUUUUCGAUCAGCUUUUGGAAAGCAAAAUAUUUUUUCCACAGCAAUUUGUGUUUGAGGAGGAAGUGGAUAGCCAGGCCCCCCCUACACCAGUUGUUAAUGUGUGUUUGGUUAAAGUGAGCAAAUGUUCACGAUCAGAUUAAUCAUUAAUUUUGUACAUAAUUUAGAGGGGAAACGGUAGAGUAGCUCAGUGGCAGGGCAGCCUAGCAGGAGCUUGGGGACCUGCCAUUCCUACAUUAUGCAUCAGAGGGUCACUGUCAUCAGCAAAAUGUGCUGCUGGGUCUAUUAGGUAAUAUUCUCAGCCCAGUUACACACUCUCUCACUCACUCUCUCACUCUGUUACUAACUGACUCCCUCAAUCGUGUGUGUGUGUGUGUGUGUACACAGUGUUUUCAGUAUGACACCCUGAAAGUCUCGUUGCUGCCUACAGUACAAUUGCAGUAAGAAUAUGCUAAAGGCACUCCAACUCUUCAAGGUGAACAUGUGUGUACAAGACAAUUAAUUUUCAUGCCUUCUAUGAGCAGCUGGUGUGUGUGUGUGCGUUCAGUUGACGGUUUUAGAUGUUGCGAGGCCAGUUUAUAAUGGAAUAAGAUUAAAGUAGGCCUGUAUGUGGUUUCUCAAUGUUUGUCUGUUCUUCGUAACUCCUCAUUUCCUCUUUGAUGCAAAGAGGAGGGGAUUCCACACUGAAACCAUUAACCUGACUGUGUCCUGCCACUUAUGCUCCCCUUUUAAUUUCCCCUCUUCCCCUCCAUGGGUCAGAGCAUGAUUAGCAAAAGGACUGGGCAGAGCGUUGUUAAUCUGGAAUUAAAAGCUAAUGGCACAAAUCUGAAUGUGAUGAUAAAGAAGAGGAUUAGGCAGAAUCAAAUUGUGUCCACUUGGUGGGCAGUUUCUUUGUAAUAAUAUUGGCGUUUCCCUUCUCGAGAAUCAUCUCCACCUCUGAUCCACCACCUACUGACUGACAUGCACCUAACUGACUGACAGCAGUUGCUGGUCAGUUCCUGUCCAAAUGCCAAGAGUCUUUUUUAAGUAUUCUCAUGCUUUUAGGGGUUGCAUUAGCAUUCAGAAAUCUACAUUUUCAAAAUACAGACUGCGAGAAAAUCUGUUGUAAACCAUUUCACCUGCGUUUUACAUUGAACGUUUUUAGCCAGCUACAUUUCCUAAUGUUUUGCUUGAAGUUAAUCUUGCAUUUUAACUUGCUACUGGAGAAAGACUACACUGGAGGAAAGUACUGUAGAAAAGUAGCCUACACAUCAGUCAGAGCGCUGUCUGGUGAUCCGAUGAUGAGCAAAGAUACAGUGCCUUGCAAAAUUAUUCAUCCCCCUUGGCGUUUUUUCCUAUUUUGUUGCAUUACAACCUGUAAUUUAAAUUGAUUUUUAUUUGAAUUUCAUGUAAUGGACAUACACAAAAUAGUCGAAAUUGGUGAAGUGGAAUGAAAAAAAUAACUUAUUUCAUAAAAUUCUAAAAAAUAAAUUGGAGAAGUGGUGCGUGCAUAUCUAUUCACCCCCUUUGCUAUGAAGCCCCUAAAUAAGAUCUGGUGCAACCAAUUACCUUCAGAAGUCACAUAAUUAGUUAGAUUGCACACAGGUGGACUUUAUUUAAGUGUCACAUGAUCUGUCACAUGAUCUCUGUGUAUAUCUACACCUGUUCUGAAAGGCCACAGAGUCUGCAACACCACUAAGCAAGGGGCACCACCAAUAUAGUAGUGAAUAGUUAUGCACGCUCAAGUUUCCUGUUUUUUUGUCAUAUUUCCUGUUUGUUUCACAAAAAAAAAGUAUUUUGCAUCUUCAAAGUGGUAGGCAUGUUGUGUAAAUCAAAUGAUACAAACCCCCAAAAAAUCCAUUUUAAUUCCAGGUUGUAAGGCAACAAAAUAGGAAAAAUGCCAAGGGGGUGAAUACUUUCACAAGCCACUGUAGGCUAUUUCAUCUGAGUGGAGAAGUGCAACUGAAGCACGAAAUUAGUCCUUUUACAUUCAUGAUUUGGAGCUAACCCUGACUGACGAUGAGCAAAAUGUACAAUAAGAAUCAUUUUAGACGCAGCAAGUUUGAUUGCUUCUGCCUGAAAAAUGCAGAAUCCUGCGUUUUAAUACAACCCCUGGCUGACUGAAGUCAAUACCAUUACCAAGACAAUUCAAUGUCUAUGGUUGUGAGUUAGAACUUACUGACGCAUGCCUUGACAGUGUUCUUAGAAACACAGCCUGAAGAACAGAGGGUCACUUGUGUGUCAGUAAUUCACUCUACCCACACCUCCAGGAUCCUCUAUUUUAAAACCUGGAAGUCACAGAGACAACAGAGGAAGUUUUUGUCCAAGUCUAAGCGAUGCAUCAGCAUCGGAAACUAGCCAUAAAGAAUUCACAAGGGUCCUCCCAGACUACUAGCUAGUAGCUACCUCCAGCAGCCUGAGCUUGAGCACCUCUGGGGCCUUUUACAGCUCCUCUAAUGAAGAGGCUGAUUCACUUAUAGCCUAUCGAUUUCCCUGGAACUCCCUGGCUUGUCACCCUGCCUGCUGCCACACCUCUCCUCCGGAGCUAGCGGACUGUGAGCUGCCCGGCUGUUAGCUGCCUAUCAGGCCAGGCGUGAGGCAUGCUGCCUGGGCUCUACUUGGCUGCAGCAUUAGCCGUAAGCGCGUUGCAGGAGCAGCAGGGGUCUACUCCAUGGCGCACCUGGCCUCCCCACUGCGACAGCUGCCAGGCAGGAAUGUGCAAGGUCAAGGUGGAUGUGGGUGGAAAUUCGCAGCGUGAUCAGAACACAACCCCCUAACAUUUAAACCUGCUAAUGUAAGCAGUAAAAAAAUCUGGUGAAUGUGCUGCUUUAAUCAAAUGUAUGUUUCUCUUUCUGGAAGUCCUGAGUCUAGUGCGAUGGGAAAGAGACUGAGGGUCUCUUGUUUUGUACCACUCCUCCUGAAUGAUGUUGUGUAACCAGUUUCCACUUUCAGACUCAAAUCACUGGAUGACUGAUCCAUUAAACAUGCCUCACUUUUGGAAAUGUUGUGGUUUUAAUGAAUGAAUCAUACUGUAUUUUUAAUUGUCCAAGAAGCUGGAUUAGACUGUAGCCUAGGCCUAUCUGUACACAAUAAUAUCUAAGCAGAUUUAGUUGCAAUGCAUAAUUACAAUGACAACUGAAUAACUUUGCAGUUGAAUAGCAGUUAAAUAGUUACAGCAGUAUGCUGUUAAAAUUAUAAACCCGGCCCAGGACUAGAAUCUUGCUGUCCCAUUUGAUAAUUAGUGAAGUCUGGGUGUAGAAUAGUGAAUGUUUUAUGAGUGUACAUGUUUACCAACUGUGACUAGAGAAUGUGUUCUUAGGCUUGUUUUGCUAGUGCGCUGGUUAAAAAUAGACAAGCCGUUUGUGUGUUUUCUCUGCCUGUGGUGUGUGUGUGUGUGUGUGUGUGACCUAGAGCCAUGAUCCCAGGCAGAGGUCACGACAGUCUGUCAUGUCAUGAGACCUCAUGAGGACACAGACCUUCCUAAUGCUUUAAGUUGAGGAAAUAAGUCUGGCGUCACUCGCUGUCUCAGCUGAGAUUCAUAGGCUUCCUGAGGUUAACAUCAUUUCAACACCCUUGUAAGAUCAGGGGAUAUUGAUGGCUCCAACUGUAACAAACAUCAAUGUAAAGGGGCAAAGGCUUCACAUCUACAUCCUCAAGCUUAUUUAAUCAAUUUACAAGAUAAUGUAGACCUUUGAAAUGCCCAGCAUGCUCAUGCUUUGACAGCUGCACAGUUCAUACAGUAGCUUAACAGAAGCACAGUAUGCUUUCAAUUAACUCUGGUCUGAGCUGACAGAAAAGCAAAUUUUGCCCCUACCGGCAAACACACUAGUCUUAAAAACGUUCACAGCCGGAGCCCUGAAAGCGUCUGGAAAUUAAGCAGGUGGGGGUCAAAGUUGUUUUGGCCAGAGGAGAAGAAUGGCAAAUCUGUGUGCAUUAAUUUGGCAGCUCAACCCCAGAAAGCAGGCCUGUAAAGUUCAGGGUGGUUGGGGCUGGCCGGGCAGUGCAACAACGCCAUGGCCGCUGCUUGGCUCUGCUGGGCUCAGCUAGCUGACCUUUGAGCAACGUUUGUGUGCUCAGAAUACAUUAAAGCUGAUGUUCUUGGAAAGGACUGGAGCUCUCUCUUGUGUAAAACCCUAGGUUGUAAACUGCACCUCCCCCUCCCCUCUUCUCUCCCCUCUACACUAUCCCCUGGCCUCCACCCCCUGUGGGCCGCUGGCCACUCAGCUGUAAGCUAGCCUCUGACUCGCUCUCACACAGGCUCCAGUGAACACCAGAAACAUGUAUUACUACAGAAACAUGGGAAAUCAAGUUUUACCAAUACAAGCAGUAGAUCUCCAUCAGGCAGCUAACCUCCGACACCACUCCUUAGAGAGCGACCUGAAAUACGAUUGAGAAACCCACAAGUUUUAUUUUCUAAAUGUUUAUUUAGCUGGGCUAUUUAUUGUGUGUAUGAAUGGCCUUUAGAGAUUGAAUGGUUUCUCCGAGGUAGGGGUAUGAACGUUUAAACGUUUUAAAUAAAAUUGGGAUCAUUAAGGUUUAGAAAAAAAAUCCUUAGGCGAAAAACAAUGUUUAAAAAAUGUUUUUUAUCACAGUGCAGUUAUCACAAAACUACCACUAACAGGUCCCGAUCAUCAUCAUCAUAAAUGGAACGAUACAAAUGUAACAAAUACCUAACGCAACAAUGCUGUAACUUUAAUAGGAGGAGAUAUGCAUCUUUCUAAUUAUUUGCCACAGAUAUAAAGCGCUCCACACAUCGUCAUUAACUGUUGGAAAAAUGGCAGAGAGUGAGACAGGGAAACGGCAGCAGUGAAAGUCCUGUAUGGCAAUACUUUGAUGUUAAAUGAGAAUGUGGUGAAAUGAAAACUUUGUUAGGUGGAAUUGAGCUACAGUGGCAGUACAGGUGCAAUGCUUAACCAUCUGAAAGGGAGGCACUGUGAGACCCAAACCGUUGCUGGCAGCGGGCGCAGGCCUGCAACAACAGACACUAGACAGGCUCUUCACACGAAAGUGCGAUAAGGGACGAGGUGAUGAAAUCACAGCUGAUUUACAGAAAUGAUUGCAGUUGAUAUGCAGCCAUUGUCAAUGGUAGAGGAUGUCGGCUUCAAUGCGCUGAUGGCAUAUCUAGAACCAGACUACAAAAUGCCAUGUCCCAUGUCGAACAACAGUGACGGCCCGAUGGAGAAAUUGUACAAUGGUUGCUCUGCAAGUACAAAGCACGAGCUCUCAAAAACCCAAUACGGGGCGUUAAAAGAUUGUUGGAUGUCUAUGAACAAGCUGUUAUACACAGGGGUUGCGUUAGAGUUCCGAAAUCAGCAUUUUCAAAUGGACCAUCAAAAUAUGUGUUUUAAACCAUUUCACCUGCAUUUUAUAUUUAAAGUUUAAAAAAAUGUUUUGCUUCAAUAUAGGGAUCGGGGUGUGCAGCUAUAGUUUUCCUUCACAGAAAAUAGCCUACAUUUAGUGCAACACAUUCGGCAGGAAAUAACUUGUGCAACACUAUUUGGCUAGCAGCCACAAGUAAAUUAUCUUACAAUGAAGAAGCAAGGUAUUUUUUGUAAAAACGAUGCCUGGCCAUCAUAUUUCUGUUUUUCGUAGAAAGAAUGUAGCCAGCUACAUUUCCUAAUGUUUUGCUUGAAGUUAAUCUUGCAUUUUAACAGAGAAAAGUAAGCUACACUGAGAAGUACCGGAGGAAUGCUACACAUCAGUCAGAGCGUUGUCUGCUGAUACAAUGCCCUUUUGUGAAUUCUCAUCUCAGUAGAGAAGUGCAACUGAAGCACAAAAUUAGUCUGAUGCCGUGCAGAAAUUACAAUAAGAAGCAUUUUAGAUCUGAGUUACAAAACGCAGCAAUAUAUUUCUUAUGCGUUUUUAUCUUUUUUCCCCAAUGAAAAACAUAGAAUUCUGCGUUAAUGAGACCCCUGCAUACAUCACUGCAACAAGCCAUCACAUUGAUGAGAAGUGGGACAUGAAGUCCCAUGUACUGACCACUGAGAACAUGGAGGAGAGGCAGCAGAGAACCUAAAAACGGCAUUAAUUACCAUCGUUGCUGAGUGGGUGGGGGACAGCAGUAAGGUGAGUCUGGUAGCCAUCUACGGUAGAUGGAAUUGCAUUGCCCCCUAGGGGGCAGGAAAAUAUCAGCAAUGUGAAUUCAAAUUUUUUACAUUUUAGUCAUUUAGCAGAUGCUCUUAUCCAGAGCGACUUACAGUUAGUGAGUGCAUACAUUUUCAUACUGCCCCACCCCCCCACCCCCCCGUGGGAAACGAACCCACAACCCUGGCGUUGCAAGCGCCAUGCUCUACCAACUGAGCUACAGGGGACUAUAUGUAGUUUAAGGAUUUUUUUAUCAUUUAAAUGCAAAAUAAAAUAUGUUAAACGUUAAGGGAAAUGUUACAUUUGUCACAGCCCUACUUCGAGGAGUUGAUGAUUUUGUAAUUUGCAUAAUGGCCUUGCUUGGGAGUGACAGGCAGAAUUGAGUCUGAAAGAGAGAAGAGCACAAACUCACACGAAACAUUUACCCACAAUGGGAGGAGGAAAAGAGAAGGCGGGCGAGGAGCAGGAAAGGAGGGGAUGGAGGAGAGAUGGGAGACUAGGAGAGCACAACACAACUCAAAAAGUGCUAUUUGUUGGAUUGUAAAAAUGUAUAUUUUUAUGAAGGUCUGAGAUGAUAGCUAUUCGGCACAAAAAGUACCUACUCACUAAGUCCGAAAUGGAUUCAUUGUAGCUUAUGUGCUGUCACAAUGUCUCUUCACUGACCUUAUUCUGAUAGCAUAAUGAAACAUUUUAGAUGUGUUUUCUUCAGUGGGCACUGGCCAGUUGCUGGUGUCCUCUUACAAAUGCCAGCUGGGAUAUCUUUGUUUCCGUUGCAAGAUGUUUCGGAAAAUAUCAAUAUGUUCAAGGUCAAUAGUGCAACAGUGUUGAAAGUCCUCAAAAAACAUUGACCAGAAAACAAACUGCUUGCCUUCAUCAUAAAUAUGGCUACUCUGGGACUAGGAUUUGUAGUGUUUCGUUACCACAUUCUUCAGCUUGUGUGCUCCAAUCUUCUUGCUGAAAUAAAAUGAAGCGUAACAGUGCUUUCCAGUUUAUGGUGCAGCUGGUGUGUUGAAUGUGGUUGUUUACACCAGCCUAUAGAAUAGUCCUAACCUAUGGAUUGGACAUGGGAACAGAACUUAAGUGAUAUUCAUCAGUCAAGGAUAAUUUAUUCGCUAUGCAGCCAGGGGAAGUGUGUGUCACCAGGAGUCCAGGGAAGCUUGUGGUAGAGUGAGGGCAUGGAUAUUGUCCUCAUAGCUACAAACGGGGGCAUUUCCCUACUAACACUGUAUGGUUUUACCCCCAGGCAUCCAACAAAAUAGGUGGUGUCCGCUAUCCAGAAAGGUCAGGGGUCAAAUGCUAAACACCCCCUGUAUGAAACAAGCAUUCUUCCCACUCUGUUGUUUGUGAGUCCAUUAUCUGUACUGUCAUAGAUACUAAUACAGCAAACCUGUAGUGUUGCUUUUUCUUCUACUCAACCAAGGGAGGGUAGUCCCCCACUGUUAGUUUUCUCAAUCAAGCCUCUAUUCUUAAUCGUAUUGUUGUCCCUGAGUUGUCAUGUAGCUGGCGAUCUUGGCAGGAAUUCCCCAAAGUGACUCCCUCCCUGUCUAAUGUAGCUGCUCUGUUCUGCUGAGUGAUUCAGUGCUUCUGGUCCCUGUCCUUUGCCAAUUAUGUGCCUUGUGAAAGCUACCAUCCUUAAAAAGAAAAAGAUCUAGGACUCUGUUAGCUUACUUCUAUAACCAUUUAUUUAAACAUAAUCUCACAACGGCACUCUCCAGCUGUCUUUCGGUAUCACCCCACAUGAAGAAGAUAACAACACACUCUAGUCUCUACAUCUGUGAUUGACCACCUGUUUCUCUCUGUGGCCCAGUUUUGGUGAACAGUGUACAGUACACUACUGCACCUUACUGUAGUAGGGAGGAAAGGAUAUCGUGAGAGAUUCCUCUUCGCUUUUCUAAUAUCCUCUAAUCUGCACUGUGACUGACCUCCUUCUAAGCCUGAGGAUGCAUCCCAAAUGGUAACCAAUUCCCUAUAUAGUGCACUACUUUUGACCAGGGCCCAUAGGCCUCUGUUCAAAAGUAGUGGACUAUAAAGGGAAAAGGGUGCCAUUUGGUACACACCUUGAGUAUUUGUUGUGAUACUAUACCUUUCCAAUGGGUGUAACUGUGCAGAGGGGUUUGGCCAGGUCAAGCCCAGGCUGUUGAUAGUAGAGGCGGAUGGAGGACUGGGAUGGAGGUGGAAGGAUGGGGGACGGAGACAGGAAGGCUGCUGGGCCGUCUGUGUUUGUAAUAAGCCGAGAGCAUUGGAGGAGCCCACUGGUGAGGAAAGCACUGGGGGCCAGAGGCCUGCCACACACACACACACACGGUAGCCCAGGCCAAGUGUUUGGAAGCUCUGCUGACUGGAGGAAGCAAUAAUGGAAGCAUGCUUCCUGAGCAUUCCCAGCUAAGCGGCCGGCCGUCCUGCUACCUGCUGGAGCGCUAACUCACUGGGCUUUGUUCUCCUCUCAUUGGGAUGGGAUGUGGAGACUAAUUACACACUAUUAUUGUUGUUAUUACUAUUAUUAUUAUAUACACAAACUGCUUUAGAUUUAGAAAUGAAAUCGUUUGAGGAAAGUGUGUGACGUAUUUGGGAUUCAGUUUUUAUAUAAUCGCCAUCAGUAGUUUUGCUCUCUCAUUACAGCUGGUAACCUUUGCGUUCGUUGAAUGAUAAAAAAAAAAAUCAGAAACCGCUCUUUGGCUCAUGUCGUCCUAGUCUACACAGCCCAGCUAAGAGGGUGAAGGAAACAGCUCGUAGCUGUGUGUCACUGAUCCGCAGUGACGGCGCUUCCUCAUGACUUCACCUCAUCUCCGCUCGCUGCCAGGCGUAACCGCUCCAUCCAGCUGAUGUAGAGCCCUACAUGUAUGACACCAGGGUUGUGAGGGCGAACAUGAACAUGCAGACAUCUUAGACGCUGCAUGCCUGGGAGUCUCUCUGCCGGUUACAGAGAUGACAUGUUUUCACAUUGCUGAGACUGCUCGUUUGACAUUAACUACAGUGAACAUGAUUCAACUUGAUUCUGGGAGAUAUUGAAGAUGUGAUGUUUGGAAAGGAUUAUACAACAAAAAAAUAUUGUACAUAUGCAUCUCAUCACAGAUUAAUCUUUCCAUACCAUAUGCGUGACUAGUGAGCCAUAAGUAAUCCCCCCCCGGGCCUUUCUUAAACACUAGGCUAAUCUUUUCCAAGUACUGUAUCGCCUGUCCUAAGAGCACUUUUGCCAUCACUGCAUUAAAAACAUACGCUUGAAGAUGCAUUAAUUUUACAUUUGUCAUUUUAGCAGACUCUCUUAUCCAGAGGAACUUACAAUUAGUUAUUCAUCAGUUACCCAUCAGACAAUACUCAGAACCUCUAUAUGACAGGCUAAAGACAUAUCUGGGAGUUGUAGAAAGAGUAAUGGACAAUGUAGUAUUAAUCUGGGAAAGCUGGCGUACUGUACCCCCUUGUGGGAGAUUUUACGUUCCCAGAAAUGCUAACUACAGUAGGGCAGCAGGCAGCGUAUGUUUGUGGAACAAGUGCUCUUGUGACUCUCCACGGCACGCUUGAAAUGGUCCCUGGGGUCCCCUGCAAUGUCUGUGUUCAACUCAGCACUUCUGCAAACUCAGGCAAUCUUCUGCCAUUCACAUUCAUCAUCGGAGAUGCCUCUGAUAUUUUGUGACAACCGCUCAGAAAGGCAAGGAAAAGCCUUCCAUAUGGAUCCAUCAGGUUUAAAUGAAGGGGGCUUGACCUCCGUUGCUACAGUGUAGCCGAUCCCUAGAGGUGCAAUUCUGUCAGGGAGUUCACAUGGAAUUAUAUUCAGCAUGUAGGCUGCUGUACUUCUUGUCAGAUGGAGCACUUGUUGCCCCCUCUGCGUGUGAAGGCUUGUUAGCAGAGUGCUGAUGUCAGUAGUACUGUAUGAUAAAGGGAUCGAUUUAGACCUACACUUUGCUGCCCUCUAACUCACUCCCAAAAGAAUGCAUUUCAUUCUGUAUGUGUUGCCAGACUGACUUGACUUGAAAAUAUUUGACAUGUCGACUCUACAGUGAUCUGUCCAUUGGCCAGGUUGUCACUGUCCACUUCCUUAGUCUCUCUGUCUCUGUUGCAGACCCUGUUUGGACCGUAAUGACCGCACGCUUCCGGUUGCCUGCUGGCAGAUCUUACAAUGUCCGGGCAUCGGAGCUGGCACGCGACAGCCAGCACACGGAGGUGGUCUGCAACAUACUUCUCUUGGACAACACCGUCCAAGCCUUCAAAGUUAACGUAAGUAUCACAACAAACUCUAGUAUAUUCAUGUUUAUGUACAGUAUGUUCCUGAUCCACUGUAAUGGGCUGUUAACCAUGUCGAAAGCACUAAAUGGCCAUGUCCCAGAGUAGUGCAGUAUUGCAGCCCUACUCUACACACAAACUCUGGCUCUCCAAUUAUCGAACACUGUCCUCUUGCAGUGGUAGAUCUUUCAAGGCUAUUUUGGCGCCAAGAUUCUGCAACUCUCCCCUAUAAGAUAUCCAGGACUGUUAGACCACAACAUGUUGUUAAUCUAAGAUGAAAAUGUCCACCAGCUGCAGGGUGGAGGAGGUGGGGAUUUAGGCCAGGGCUGCAGCCCUUGCUCCUCUCACCAUGAAAUGCCUGACAUUCCUACUCACAGAGGAGCCUCUCCAAGUGCUGCCCAUUCAAGUACAUACUAGCUCACUGACGGCGUCUUUCUAGCUACACAUACGCACCACACACUGGGUGCCAAUCAGGGACAGUAAAUCAUAGUGUUCAGUGUCUUGAUUGCAACACCAGUGUUUUCCCUCCCGAUAGGGAGCAGUCACUGCUGCUGCUAGGUUAUUUGAUCGUGGGGCAGCCAGCCACAGAGAAUGUUCGCCACGGGACAUUUGUUUUUUUCUCUCCAUGUUGUCAUUGUUUAGAAAGAGGAAAAGCCUUCCUCCAUGAAACAUAGCAGGGUUAAUUGAGCGUGUUGAGAUGGCCACACAAUCAUAUUUCAGGUCAGGGGGAAUAUAAAAGUGGUUGCACAAAGUCACAAACUGUCCCCACAUGUUAUAUAAUAGUUAUUAUGGAACUUAAGAAUAAUGGGGGGGGGGGGGGGGGGUUAUGAACGGGAUAGUAAGGAAGGGCCUGAGUGAUUGUUGGUGUCAGACAGGUCAAAGUAAAUAUUCUCAUUCCUGGUUGUCUGGACAGGUGUGAGGUGGGGAGAGGUAGGGUUUAUGCUUGACUAUGCGCUCAUACAUUCAUAGUGAGGUGCUUUAUGGACAAGCUUAAAACGGUGUGAGAGCAUGGUGUUGUGUAUGGGGUGUGAGAGAAUGGUGUUGUGUAUGGGGUGUGAGUGUAUGUGAUGCUGGACAAUUUGUGUCCUGUGUGUGUUUGUGUUAGUGUGUGUGUGUGUGUGUGUGUAAAGCUGUGUGUGUAGCCCCAUGCCCUAUCUUCAGCCCCUGGCCUCCCACUAUAGAACUCCCCUCCCAGGGUACCACUCAGAGAGACUCCUCUCCCUGCCUGCCUCCUUCUCUCCCUGCCUGCCUGUAUCCAGGGGUUAAAGUUCUCAGUCACUGCAACGCAUUUCCGUCCUAUGGAUUCUGGAGUUUGUUGUUUGUUGUUUUUGAGAUCAGUGUAGAUCUACAAUAAAAAUGCUGCUUUGGAGAUGACAGCCUGAUACAGAAGCGUGUCUGUUCUACUAAAUAAAUUCCUAAAUAAAUGUUUUCUCAAAUAUUGUGUAUGUAUUACGUUGUGUGCACUGAACUGACAUGCAUGAUUGUUGCUGACACUCCGAUGUUCAGAUGAAGGGAAUGAAAUAGUCUAAUGCCCACCACCGCGGUGCACAACUCAAACUGGUGUGUAGCUGCUGGCAAAGUCAUUCAAAGCCUAUACUUUAUCACUCAGGAUGUCAUUUUCUGUACUACUAUUUUUGCCAUGUAAUGUUAUUAAAUCAAAAUCAGACAACCUCAUAGUAGAAUAGUUUACCUAUUUACCUAAUGGGCUUGUGUUCUAUGGGAGAGAAAUAUUCAUCUUGAGGCGCAUUUGAGUUGCAAGAGCCAUAGGGAGGGAAACAUGUAUUCUGACAAGCUGUCAAUGCACAACAAUUCUUAAUGCAAUCGCGGGGAAAAACACUUUUGAAAGCAGUUUUGGCCUUUGUUAAAAGGGAAACAAUUUAAUGAAAUAAAUAAAAAAACAAGGGGUAUUAGAAGUGGUGCAAACAAUUAAAUUGAUGGAACCCCCAAUCUAUCAGCAAUAUUAAAGCGUUCCAUUGCUACCAUGCAUAUUUCUCUACUCCUACAAUUGCGCUCGGCCUUAAAAAAAAAAAAUGCAGUUACAGCUGGAGUUUCAAGCAUGGUUUAGGUGCAGCUGUGCGUCAGAGCUCUUAAAGGGGAAAUGGCAUCUUAAAAGGGCAAUUUACAUACUUUGUAAUAGAAACCAAAAAAUGUAAUUUUUGAGUUAAUCAUUUUAAAUAAUAAUGAAUAAUAAUAAUAACAAUCAGGAUGUUGUGUCCAAUGGGAUAAAUGCAGAUGGACAAAGCCCAUGCUUCAGCCUCUGUAUUUAUAGCCACUAAUGCAUCAGUUGGGCUACAGGUGAAAAUGCUUAUUGCUGAUUGCACAUUUGAUAAUAUAGACCAUGCAUAGGCUAAAUGCAUGGUCCAAUAUGUUAGAAUAAUUUUUACAUCAUUUUGCCAAUGUGAUAUUGGGCUUAUUUCUGGAGGUGGUGUCAGCAGAUGGUGUUAUUUUCAUUCAUUUUGGAGUAGCAUGUCCUUUUAAAAGGUCACCAGAACUGAGCUUCUCAGUCCUUCUACAUAAACAUUCUCCCAGGGAGGUCCCCGGACCCCCUAAGCAAGGGGACUGGAAUUGGUCAAACUCAGUUUCAUUGGAUAGUUUGGGAUUUUGGCAAUUAUUUGUAUAUAUCUGCGUCGAGUAUGAAGGAAGUUAGAGGUAGUUUUGCCAGUCUACAGGACUUCCAGUCAUUGCACUAACGCUAGUUAGCAACUUCCUUCCAACUGCACGCAGAGACAUAAAAAUGGUAUCCACAAGCAAUGUUCCCUCCUAUUUAAUUUUUUUCCAGCACUGAGAAAAUGUCAGGUCUGCUGAGCGUAAACUAAAACGUUGUGAAAAUUCUGUGCAACUUCCUCUGCGCGUUUACUGUGAACACUGACAUGCUGACCACACCGCCGGUGUUGCAUGCGCGAGCAUUGCAAGAUCAAUUUACACAUCUUUAAUCAUUUCAUCCAAACUGGUCGCUCAUGUCAACGAGCGUAUUCGUAGCCAGGCGCUAAAAUAGAACUUUGUUCUAUUUUUGACACUUGAUGCGCUGCAAGUCCUGCCUCUCCCAUCUUCUCAUUGGUUUUUAGGAGCAUAUACCCACGUGGGUGAUUGAAAGAUGAACUGAGGUCUACACUCCAGUCCAGUUGGUGAUGGUAAUGCGCCUUAAAGUUGGUUGCCAACCGCCAUAUAAAGUCCACAGAAGAAGAAGACCGAAGGAGGAGAGAUUACUAAAAACUAACUAGGUUUCCCUUUUAUCUGUGUAUUAGUUGUCGGAGUAGAGAACACACAAUUUUGUGUAACUCAAAAUGGGUCAGAAUUCUACAAAGAUCCAGAAAAAAAGGACCUUGUGCAUUUCAGGUAAAAUAACAACCCAAUGUUUAUAUUAGCUAGCAACAAACAGCAAGCUAGCUAAACAUCCAUUAAUGUUUCAUGUAUUUCGACCUGUCCCCAAAUUAAUAUAGUUGGUUCAGAGUAGGGCUGUGGCGGUCACGAAAUUUCGUCAGCCUGUGAUUGUCAAGCAAAUAACUGUCGGUCUCACGGUAAUUGACCGCUAAUUAACAUAAAGGGGUUCCACACAUGCAAGCUGCUGAUGCGUACCUUUGAAAUAUCUACAUUUUAAAAGUCUAAAGUGUAAUAAAUCAAUUUAAUUGCAUGUACACCAUCACAAUAAAUCCAUUAUUUAUUUUAGGCAGGUCUUUCCUAUGAAACAUUAUAAUAUGAAGAAGUGCCAUUAUUUUAUAUUAUAUGAUUUUAUAGUGAGAAUUUAAUUGAACUUCGCUGAAUAAAAUUGAAAGGAUAUUUUUCUGAGCUAGUGCGCACAUGGAACGGUUAUUCUGUGUUCAGCUUAAAAAGUGAUAAUUUGAAACAGGUUAUAUGCUUGAUUUUGAGUUAUUUGGCAACUUUAGUUGUGAAUGAUACAAACCUUAGAAUGUCUUAUGAAAUCAAAACAUACAUGGGCUGCAUGAUUCCACUAUAUUGAUGAUGUAAAAGAAAAUGGGGGGAAAAGGCAUACACCAUUUCUUGUCGCAGUGUAAUUGCCUAUAUGUGUGAAAUUAGUUUUGAUUUAAAAUGGCCAAUUAUCAGCUGGGCAGGCUAAACACCACCAUCACCAUUAUAUAAUGAUUAAACUGUUAUGAUUUAGCAGACACAAUUUUGUUUAUGGCCUUUUAUUUAUAUUUUUUACUGAGGGCAAAAAAAAGCAGCAUGGUGACAUCAGCAUUGUGACAAAUAGUGCAUGUAGACUACUUAGGCUUACAAAUAGGAAUUUUUGUAAUUUUCUAUUUUUUCGUUUUAAAGGGGGUUGGUUAUGAAGUUCAUGUGAAAAAAUAUGAAUAAAAACACUGAAAUAGUAAUACAUGUAAAGCAAAAGCACACGUGAAGAAUAAAUAAGACUUCUAAUUAUGUUUUUAAAAAAAGCACAACAGAAAAUAAUAAAACUAUUGCGCUAAAAGUUUAAGCUGCCUGUUGCCUAUAAUGGCUAUUGUUUCAGUCCACUAUCAUAGGCUAUAGCACUCGCCAACGUUAGGCUAUAAGGUUCCGAUUAAGAAACACCAGCAUGUUUACUUUUUUGGGCUUCAGUGAAGACCGGAGAGAGGUAACUAUGUUCCCUGCCGUGCUGAACACCCUCUCUGACGCAGUGCUGGUAGCGCAAAUGCACAUAUACUUUUUAGCAAGCAGAGCCAAUAAAGGAAAACAAGAGUGGUUAAACCCGCCACCAUGACAGGGGGUCAGCAGAUGUGUCCGUUUCCUUCUCUUCCAUAUAGCGGGUCAUCUCGGUGUCGGCAAGCACUCUCAAGGGUACCGGGGUGGAGCUUUCAGGGCCAGUUUCUUCUCUAAGAAGAUCACCAAGAUUCAUAUUUUUAGCCGGGGGCUGUGCACAGUCAUCUCCAGCUGUACAGCUGGUGCCGCCUCCGUCUACUUCCCCGAGUGCAAACAUCUCCUGAAGAAGGGCAUCUUUCGUGCCAUCCAAGCCAUCUCCCACAUGGCCUUUGUACCGGGGGUCAAGUAGGCAGGCCUUUGACAAAAGUCCCUGUAGUGCUGGUGCUUUGUACUUGUCCUGCAAUACACUGCCCAUCUUCUUUUUUAUAUUUUUCGUUAGCUCGGAGUCGUUGGGUUAGGGAGAGGGAAUCUGUCCCGUUAAAAGUCAUAAAAUGGGCUUGACUGAUGACACUGUCACAUAGUUCUCCCCAGAUAGGAUAUCAGUGAAGUCGGCCACAGGCUUCAGUGCGGCAUUGACCGAUUGCAGAACAUUGAUGACCUGCCAUGACGGAUCGAAAUGCUUGUGUUCUCGAUCGUCAAUCAAUACCCGUCGUAUGGCCGGGACCUGCUCAAAAACUAUUUUGACCAUUUGUUGUUUGGUCCCCCAACGUGUGUUACAAUCCUGCGGGAUGAAAGAUAAUAACGUUUAUGAAAUGCAAGGGAAUUCGAUGGGCAUAUAAUUCGAUUUAUAUACAAUUUAUUAAUCUAGGACCAACAUCUUGAUAACUAAAUUGUAGCUUGUAUUUGAUUUAAAAAGCCUACAAUUGAUAGAAUGAAAUGUGCACAUCAUUCGAUUGAUAUACAGUACCAGUCAAAAGUUUGGACACACCUACUCAUUCCAGGGUCUUUCUUUAUUUUUUACAGUUUUCUACAUUGUAGAAUAAUAGUGAAUACAUCAAAACUAUGAAAUAACACAUAUGGAAUCAUGUAGUGACCAAAAAAGUGUUAAACAAAUCAAAAUAUAUGUUAUAUUUGAGAUUUUUCAAAUAGCCAACCUUUGCCUUGAUGACAGCUUUACACACUCUUGGCAUUCUCUCAACCAGCUUCACCUGGAAUGCUUUUCCAACAGGAUUGAAGUAGUUCCCACAUAUGCUGAGCACUUGUUGGCUGCUUUUCCUUCACUCUGCGGUCCGACUCAUCCCAAACCAUCUCAAUUGGGUUGAGGUCAGGGGAUUGUGGAGGCCAGGUCAUCUGAUGCAACACCCCAUCACUCUCCUUCUUGGUAAAAUAGCCCUUACACAGCCUGGAGGUGUGUUGGGUCAUUGUCCAGUUGAAAAACAAAUGAUAGUCCCACUAAGCCCAAACCAGAUGGGAUGGCGUAUCACUGCAGAAUGCUGUGGUAGCCAUGCUGGUUAAGUGUGCCUUGAAUUCUAAAUAAAUCACAGACUUUGUCACCAGCAAAGCACCACCACACCAUAACACCACCUCCUCCAUGCUUUACGGUGAGAAAUACACAUGCGGAGAUCAGCCGCUCACCCACACCGCGUCUCACAAAGACACGGCGGUUGGAACCAAACAUUUCCAAUUUGGACUCCAGACCAAAGGACAACUUUCUACCGGUCUAAUGUCCAUUGCUCAUGUUUCUUGGCCCAAGCAAGUCUCUUCUUCUUAUUGGUGUCCUUAAGUAGUGGUUUCUUUGCAGCAAUUCAACCAUGAAGGCCUGAUUCACACAGUCUCCUCUGAACAGUUGAUGUUGAGAUGUGUCUGUUACUUGAACUCUGUGAAGCAUUUAUUUGGGCUGCAAUUUCUGAGGCUGGUAACUCUGGGUCUUCCAUUCCUGUGGCGGUCCUCAUGAGAGCCAGAUUCAUCAUAGCGCUUGAUGGUUUUUGCGACUGCACUUGAAGAAACUUUCAAAGUUCUUGAAAUGUUCCGUAUUGACUGACCUUCAUGUCUUAAAGUAAUGGUGGACUGUCGUUUUUCAUUGCUUAUUUGAGCUGUUCUUGCCAUAAUAUGGACUUGAUCUUUUACCAAAUAGGGCUAUCUUCUGUAUACCUUGUCACAACACAACUGAUUGGCUCAAACACAUUAAGAAGGAAAUAAAUUCCACAAAUGAACUUUUAAAAAGGCACACCUGUUAAUUGAAAUUUAUUCCAGGUGACUGAAGCUGGUUGAGAGAAUGCCAAGAGUGUGCAAAGCUGUCAUCAAGGCAAAGGGUGGCUAUUUGAAGAAUCUCAAAUAUAAAAUAUAUUUUGAUUUGUUUAACAGCUUUUUGGUUACUACAUGAUUCGAUAUGUGUUAUUUCAUAGUUUUGAUGUCUUUGCUAUUAUUCCACAAUGUAAAAAUAAAGAAAAACCCUUGAAUUAGUAGGUUUGUCCAAACUUUUGACUGGUAGUGUGUAUUGAAGGCAUAUUAAUAGGACUAAAAUCUUGAUAAUGAAAUUGUAGCUCGUAUUUGAUUUGAAUACCCAAAAAUUAAUUGAAUGCAAUGGAAUUUAAUACUGAAUAUGAACUAAUUAAGAUUACGCACUCACCAGUAUGAGCAUGUGCUGGGGCAUCACAAGAUCCUCCUGUGCUUUGUGGAGGUUUCUCGUCUUCUACCAGCUCGUGGAGAAGGUGCUGGCGAGUGUCCUAAGGAGCCCCAAGACCGGGUUGUGCGGUCUUUCUGACUUGCAACACCUUUUGUGUCAGCCAGAUGCAGGUUGUGUCCAUAGCAGUUAACCCAUGGCCAACCCAACUGCCUCUCCACGGCCACAAUGUUUGCCCCGUUGUCAGUUGUGAUGCAGGACACUUUCUUCUCAUCCAAUGCCCACUCUGCCAACACCGACCGGAGAGCUUCACUCAGGUUGUCUGCAGUAUGGUUCUCUGGCAUAUAGGUCGUCUCAAGACGAUGAGACAUGAGAGACCAAUCACUAGAUAUGUAGUGAACAGUCAGGCUCAUGUAUGGGGUCAUGUUUAUGCUAGACCACAUAUCUGUUGUGAGAGAGAAGUUGGGUAUGUCUUUGAGUUCUUGGAUAAUUUUUCCCCUCACUUUCUUAUACAUAUUGGGAACAGCCGUUCGUGAAAAGAAUGCUCUCGAUGGUAACUCUUACUUAUUGUCCAUUUCCUGCAUUCAUUCUUUAAAUGAUUGCUAUUCAACUGUAUGAGAAGGAACCAUCUCCCUUACCAAGUAGAGAGUCACAUGGUCAGUUAUUCUCUGCCGUUUGUUGCUGUCUCGUUUGUAUUUCUCCACUCGUGGGAACGCCUGCGCAACACUCAGCUGCCCCUUGCCACAUGUUUUGCCGCCACCUGUUGAAUCUGGUGUGGUAGAGGUUCCUCUUAGUUCAUCAAAUUUUGCAGGGUGGUUAAUUCGAAGGUGGCUUCUCAGAUUCAAGGUGUUUACGUGUUUAUCAAAUGUUUUCUUCUCGCAUAUUCGGCAAAUGGCUUCAUCCAGGUUUAUUAGCCGACCUCUCGUAUUUGACUUGAAUCCAAAAUGCGCCCCAAAUGGCUGCAGUUGUGUUUAGCUUUGAAACAAUAUCCAUGACAGUGUUUUAUAAUCAGUUUCCACCUAUUACUGACAAACUGGGCCUGAUGGGACCGCUCAGAUCUUCCACUCUUUUCUCUCCGUAUGGGAAGGUGAGGUUAAAUCAAGUUGUCAACAUUUUUUAAAAAUGUUAGUUUCUGCUAUUGCUAUCUCAGCAGAUUAUUCAAAUUCAAUCAUGAAGUGUUUGAUUUUCGAUUGCAUUUGCAUUGAUGUCAGAGUGAUUAGAAGGACAAUCGAGUGCUGAGUACCAGGCCAUUAGUGACUUGAUGGCUGUUAGCAAGUGCACAGUUUUAGAGUAGCCUAGUUACCGUGAAUCAACGGUCAUGUGGAAUUUGACUGCGGUCAUGACUCGUGACUGCUGGUGUGGCGGUAAUACGGUCACCGUAACAGCCUUAGUUCAGAGUUUGUUUUGAUAUUUCAACCUGCGUGUCCUGAUCGCGUCUGGUGUGGAUGGACAAAAUCAACAUGCGGACACAUGCGCGUGCCCGGUUUAGUCAGCAUGUGAGGCUGUAACCGUUUUAAGUUAGUUUUAAGUGGCCAAGUAGGAUACUGUGGCUAUUUGAUCAUGGUCCUCUGUAGCUCAGCUGGUAGAGCACGGCGCUUGUAACGCCAAGGUAGUGGGUUCGAUCCCCGGGACCACCCAUACACAAAAAUGUAUGCACGCACGACUGUAAGUCGCUUUGGAUAAAAGCGUCUGCUAAAUGGCAUAUUAUAUUAUUAUUAUUAUAUCAUAAUGUAGGCCUACCAAAGUGGCCUACCAUCAAAAUCUAUGAAGAAAAUGCAUAUCAUAACAUUUUAACAUGGAAAUAGCUGUUCUAUCAUUCAGCUUACAGUAGCAGCCAAUGUGUGGUGUUCAAUGUAGGCCUACAUUCCAUGAAAAAAAAAAAAAAAACAUACAGGGCUUGACAUUAACCUGUUUAUCCACUUGUCCUUCAGACAAGGAAGUGACUGAAAAUGUUUGAUGCAAAAAAACACUUGAUAUUCCCAUACCAUUAUUAGAGAAUCAGACAAAUUUGAAUACUUAGCUUAUUCAAGACGUCUCAAAAUCCAACACUGCCCCUUUAAGACACAAAAUAAAGCUCUUUACCUGACUUGCUUUUCAAAGAUGGCUAGAAAUGCACACGUUUUGUGCUCUUGUUGGACGCAACCACUCCCCCAUUGUUGACUAGAAAUUAGCUAUAACUGGGCUAAUAACGCACUAAAUAGUAAAUAAUAUGAACAAAUGUGCACGUGGCUACAUGCAGCUCUCGCUUUGAUCUCAAAAUAUGCGAAUCUAUUCGCGACCGCUGAUACUGUAGCCUAAACACAGUCAAGUUCAAAGUGUUAUGGCACAGAUCCAUAUAUGGUAUUUGCAUAUAGGCCUACUGCAGCUCUGAUUGGUUAUGGGGCACCGGUCUGUGUAGAGUACGGGCCUGAGUCACGCCUAUCAAUGCAAUAGAAUCCUACUCCAAUGCGCUUUGCCUACAAGAAAAUCUCUUGCAAAGUUAGAUUUGCAUUCGUUUUGUUAUGGUAUGUUACAUUGAAAGUGGCUAAUAUUGCAUUGAUUUGAUCACAAUUCCCACAGUAGAGCGAAACGUUGAUAGUGUUAACUAAAGGGGAAAACUCUAGAAAGCUGAGUGAAGUUCAAUCUAGUGCUUCUCUGCGUGGUUCUGCAGCUUAGAGGGAAUGUUGUCCUGGAGUUCAUCUGACUGGGGAAGUAGUUAAAGGGCCUCAUUGCCAAAAUCCCAAACUAAUUAUAAUUUUCCCUUAAAAGCAUGAUGGUCAUUACUUUUUUUACAUGAAAGGAGGUUAACUUGGCCCCAGACAAUUGAUCUGAGAUCGACAACUGAUCUGAUUAAUGUAUCUGUUUUCUGCUGCUCCUGGACAAGCUGCCUCAUGUCUUUCCACAUUUCCUUCAUUCCUCCAUGCUUAGGCUCUAGCAGUGCCCCAAGCCUUGCUAGAGAUCCAUCUAGCUCUAUCUCUUAUGAUUGCAACCAUGUACAGUAUGUUUAAAUGUAAAUACUAUAUUAAUGUGUGUUUAUGUUCAUACAUACUUGUUUUCUCAUACACAUAGACAUUCGUGCAUUGACAGCACAUUUACUUUAGAGAUAUCUUCCAUUCAGACCCCCGGCCUGUAUUGACCCUAACAUUCCCCCCCUCCUCUCUCGCUAGUCCAGUCCCCACCAUCUCAGGCACUGGCUCAAAGAUAGAAGUGUGAAGAUUGAAGAAGAUCAGCACAAAGACUGGUUGUUUGGCCCUGCCUGCCGAGUCGUCAAUCACCCACUCUCUCGCUUUCUCUCUUGCUCUCUCCCCACCCCCCAGGCUUCAGUGGGGAUCUCAGAAUAGGCCCAUUGCCAUUCUCCUCCACAGAUGGGCUAGCCCUCUAGUCAAGUUCUCUCUCCAGUUGCCUCCCAGAUAACUGAAGUAUCUUUCAAGACAUGUGUUAAUCUAACUUUCCCAUUCAUUCUAAUUACCUCAAAGAGAAAGUGUCCACCCAGUCUUAAGAUGAUAACUUGCUGACAUUUCUUGUCUCAAUGUUGUUAACUAGCAUGCAAUGAGAAGAUAAGGGUUGUGUGUAAAUUAACACCUCCUUCCCCAUGCUUCAGAGUGCUGUCCUGUCAACGUGUGUGUGUGUGUGUGUGCUUGUGUGUCCCUGCCACCAUUUAAAUAAUACAUAGCUUUUGCCUCUUGCACUGACUGCAUUUGCACAUUUGGCCUGAGGCUUUUAGAAAGCCAGCGAAGAGGAGACUGCAGCCUGAGAGCUUGCUAGAGUAACGCCACAGAAAGGUCCCGCAUCCAGUCAGAACAACCACUUCAGACAGCCAGGGAGCAGCAAAUAACACACACACUCUAGCUCUGGUGGGGACAACUGCUGAGGAGGGACACACAAAUAAUGUCAGAAGUAAAGCAUUGGAAUAGAUUAGGAAAUGUCAGAUUACAAGCUUCACUCUGGAAGAAUGUGAGCUGGCUGAAAAUUAUUUUAGUGAUGUGAAACAUGCCAUUAUCUCAUUAAGGCUCCAAAAACGACAGACCUCUACUCUCGGCAGUGUGUACCUUUUUUUAAAGGGUAACCGUCAACAACAGAUUGGUAAAAUAAUGUUUUGUCUUGGCGCAACUAGCCUACCGCUGAACAUUUUACGUUUUCUGUAAGCCUGUGAGAGACCAUUUCCACGGUGCCUAGCCUAUUGGUUGUAAAGCACAACAACCACACAGUUAAUUGGUCUCAUACUACACCCCAAGCAAUGAGUCAGCUGUGUGAAUGUUGAAUUCCAUGCUGCUACAGUACCCAAGCUAUAUGUCACAGACACAUCCCCCAGGGUGACGUGGACUCCUCUGUGGAGAUGGAGUGUGACUCUGUUUGCCCUCCAUGCGACGUCUGGCUCCGGCUCCCCAUGCAUAACUAAACCAGUGUUCUGUUCUCAGCAGAGACAUCUGAUUGGCCCACUGGCGAGGGUACCAGGGCAUAGGCCCCGAGAGGAUCCUAGACUGUCAGGUCGCACUCCUCACCUCUGCUGCUCCUCUCCUCUUUUCCUUCCUCCUUUUCCUUCUUCUCCCACUACACCCUCUAUUAUUCAGCAUCUCCAUAUUAACUCUCAUUUGAGCGCUAGAAGCAACGGCAGCAUUAUCAUUCUUGGGAAUUUGAAGAGCUCCUUGUUUGGCUUGUUUUCCGUCUAGAUUAGAACAUGAGAGGAGUAGAGAUGCUCAGUAAGGGUCGACGGGUUCACAUACCAGUACUCUUUAGAGAAAGUAUAUUGUACCAUGAUUUAUCGUCACUUACUUAAAGGCCCAGUGCAGUCAAAAUUCUGUUUUUUUCUGUGUUUUAUAUGAUAUUGUACAACAGCUGAUAAAACGAACACUGUAAAACUCAUCAGUGUUCUUUCCUGAUAGUUGCUAGUUGAAAAUACAAUCUACACAAGACAUUCUAAUCAGCAGGUUUGCAUGGGCGGGAUUUUCUGCUUUCCAUUGUGACACACCAUACGGUAAAUUGGUUAAUAGACCAAUAAGAUAGCGUUCCAAACCUCUGCCUAUAAAUGCUAGUUUUCUGUUUUCCACACUCAGACCACUCCCAGACAGUCCCUUGCAAAAUUCUUGCUUGAGAAAAUGUUUUGUGCUAAAUAGCUAUUUUUGCCCAUUUUAUUGGAAAUCUAUCACAGUAAUGUACUUAAUUGUUACCCAGAAAUGAUUUGAUGUUGAUAUAAAAACGUUGAUGUUGAUAUAAAAACGGCUGCAUUGGGCCUUUUAAAUAAAAGGUUGGAUAAAUGAAAUAUUAAAGGGGACUACAAAAAGUUACCAUCACUCUGUUGUAUUUGUCUCACUCUCAUUCAAAUCACUUGAUUAUAUUGACCUAGUGGUUUAAAAAGCUGACCCCCAGCUCACAGGGACCUACUAAUCCCGCAGAGGCUAACACAGCAGGCGUCUGUGCCAGCCAGAGGGAGAGAAAGAGGGAUCUCCCCCUGGUGUCCUCUAGCCAGGGGUUGAGGCUAAAUGUAGUGGACACGGGGCGAGGCUGUGUCAGCUCAUAAUUGACAGUCAACAGCCCAGAGCUGCCUGGAACUGGGGACUGGGGCUGUGACAUGGACCCAACUGAGACUAUGCAGUCUCUCAGCUGAGACUGCAGCUCCAUGUCAACACCAUCACCAUCCACUCAUUGGCACAGCACUGCUUUGAGUCAUAGGGGAGGCAGGGGGGGGGGGGGGGGGGUGAGAGAGAGCAGAAGGGAGACAAGUGGUUGUCACUGUGCCUAAUGGGACUGAGCCAUGGGAGACAGACAGUGCUAGGUAGCAGCCACUUCGGCCUUGCUGCCAUGGAGACUUGUGGCAUGGGGAUUUAGCUUGGAGACUCGAACACACACAAAUCAGAGAUGCUUCCCAUGAGUAAUUCUCUCUUUCUCUCUCCCUCUCUCCCCCUCUACAGAAGCACGACCAGGGUCAGGUCUUACUGGAUGUAGUGUUUAAACACCUGGAGCUGACAGAGCGGGACUACUUCGGCCUGCAUCUGGCUGACGACUCCUCAGACAGCCCGGUAGGUGCCAAGGUCAGACUUUAUGAUGAAACAACUUCAGUCAACACUAUCACUCUCAUUACAUACGGUCUCCAAGUGUCACUGAGUGUAGCUUUUUCUGCUCUCACCUAAGUGUAACUACAGUGAGGGGGAAAAAGUAUUUGAUCCCCUGCUGAUUUUGUACGUUUGCCCACUGACAAAGACAUGAUCAGUCUAUAAUUUUAAUGGUAGGUUUAUAUGAACAGUGAGAGACAGAAUAACAACAAAAAAUCCAGAAAAACGCAUGUCAAAAAUGUUUUGGUGGCAAAACCCUUGUUGGCAAUCAGAGGUCAGACGUUUCUUGUAGUGGGCCACCAGGUUUGCACACAUCUCAGGAGGGAUUUUGUUCCACUCCUCUUUGCAAAUCUUCUCCAAGUCAUUAAGGUUUCGAGGCUGACGUUUGGCAACUCGAACCUUCAGCUCCCUCCACAGAUUUUCUAUGGGAUUAAGGUCUGGAGACUGGCUAGGCCACUCCAGGACCUUCAUGUGCUUCUUCUUGAGCCACUCCUUUGUUGCCUUGGCCGUGUGUUUUGGGUCAUUGUCAUGCUGGAAUACCCAUUCACGACCCAUUUUCAAUGCCCUGGCUGAGGGAAGGAGGUUCUCACCCAAGAUUUGACGGUACAUGGCCCCGUCCAUCGUCCCUUUGAUGCGGUGAAAUUGUCCUGUCCCCUUAGCAGAAAAACACCCCAAAGCAUAAUGUUUCCACCUCCAUGUUUGACGGUGGGGAUGGUGUUCUUGGGGUCAUAGGCAGCAUUCCUCCUCCUCCAAACAUAGCGAGUUGAGUUGAUGCCAAAGAGCUCCAUUUUGGUCUCAUCUGACCACAACACUUUCACACAGUUCUCCUCUGAAUCAUUCAGAUGUUCAUUGGCAAACUUCAGACGGGCCUGUAUAUGUGCUUUCUUGAGCAGGGGGACCUUGCGGGCGCUGCAGGAUUUCAGUCUUUCAUGGCGUAGUGUGUUACCAAUUGUUUUCUUGGUGUCUAUGGUCCCAGCUGCCUUGAGAUCAUUGACAAGAUCCUCCCAUGUAGUUCUGGGCUGAUUCCUCAACGUUCUCAUGAUCAUUGCAGCUCCACGAGGUGAGAUCUUGCAUGGAGCCCCAGGCCGAGGGAGAUUGACAUUAUUUUGUGUUUCUUCCAUUCGCGAAUAAUCGCACCAACUGUUGUCACCUUCUCACCAAGCUGCUUGGCGAUGGUCUUGUAGCCCAUUCCAGCCUUGUGUAGGUCUAAAAUCUUGUCCCUGACAUCCUUGGAGAGCUCUUUGUUCUUGGCCAUGGUGGAGAGUUUGGAAUCUGAUUGAUUGCUUCUGUGGACAGGUGUCUUUUAUACAGGUAACAAACUGCGAUUAGGAGCACUCCCUUUAAGAGUGUGCUCCUAAUCUCAGCUCGUUACCUGUAUAAAAGACACCUGGGAGCCAGAAAUCUUUCUGAUUGAGAGGGGGUCAAAUACUUAUUUCCCUCACUGUAUCUGUGGCUUUUGCAUAUCUAGUAGUGUAACAGUCAUGGGUAAAUUUAGUCUGUAGACUAUUGUGUUGGAGAGGGAUUAAUAGGGAUAAGAUAGGGAGGGUUGGAGUGAGUCAAUGUUAUGUUUAGAACCACUUCUUCUACAUAAUCCAUUCUACAAUCCAUCUGUUAGCCUAAGUCAUGUUGGAGGCCUGUAUGCUAAUGGGACAAAUUGCAUGCCACUACACACUAUACUACACCACAGCUUGCUGCUCAAUGACCCACACUGAUGCAGUGUUAAGAUCGAUACGAGUUGUGUUGACACAGUCCUCAUCACCAUCACCCCUCCUUAAGUGUUGUGUACUGUCAAUUUGUACUUAGCUAGUAGCUAGCUACAGAUCAACACGGCCCUGCCUGCAUUUACCUUCUGGAAAUCAGAGAGGUGGGUAGAGAUAAAGUGAGAGGUGAAGGGGGCUGACUGGUGAAUAAUUGAGAGUGAGCAGGGUUGCUGAGGAACUGUUAUCGUGUCAUUGAGUUUCUCCUCAUCUAUAUUUUACAGAGGUGGCUGGAUCCAAACAAACCCAUCAGGAAGCAGUUAAAAAGUAGGUGAACAUUCAAUCUACCGCUCAGAAAUGGAUGGAUUAACAGGGAAGUGGUUGUUUUAAAGUGGAAAUACAAUAAUCUGUCAUUUUACAUUUACAGGGGGAUCACCUCAUAAUCUGAGUUUCAGAGUGAAGUUCUUUGUGACAGACCCUAAUAAACUUCAGGAAGAGUACACUAGGUAAGGAUACUAAUAAAGAGUGCACUGGGUAAGGUCCCUAAUAAAGAGUACACUAGAUAAGGAUAACCUGCCAUUUCAUGCCCAUAUAAGGAGACUAAUUACCCGGGUAACUGUUAAACUAUAGGCCAGUAUUACACUAACCAAAGCCCUAAGCCGCUAAUCGUACUAAUGGGGAUGAAUAGAUUAAACUUGUUAGAUGGAAUAGGUCCGGCAGGGUUUAAGAGCUCGCUACCAGUUAGUUUAAGACUAGAAUCAGCAUGGUAGGUAGAUUAGCCAAUAAUGGACAAGUUGCACUGAUGGCAGCCUUGCACACAGCUAGUCAUAAAUAGGGCAGUGGCAUGCCAUGGAGGCUGCUUGCCCCUAUUGCAGGGGAUUCCAUACAUGGUCAAUAGAAACAGAGUUACAGUCUGGAUACUCCAGUGUUGUUUAAUCAAUUUAUGCACUCAAGCAUUUCCUUGCUCAACCAGCCUUAUCAAGUGAGUGCACCACUUUGUAGAUCUAAGAUACAGAGAGGCAUGGAUCUGUUUUGGAUGUGCACUAUUGAUUCCAGACACCACACAACAAUGCUGUUGAGCACUCACACUAUGAUGAGAUUAAUUCACUAUUAGUUAUGCACAACACAGUACAUAGGCUACACGUUAAGUCAUAGAUAUGUAGCUUAAGCAAUAAGCAUCAGAGAAGCUCCAUGUGAGUGGGUCCUGUCCAGUCGCUCUAUUCUGCUGUACUGUAGAUUAUGUCCAAAUGUUCAUAAUCACAGAGACAUCCGUAUCACGUUGUUGGUGUAACUGCUCUCCUUAUUCCACUAGGUACCAGUAUUUCCUCCAGCUCAAACAGGACAUCCUGACAGGAAGGUGAGUUAUAAUAAUAAAUAAUAAUAUAAUACGCCAUUUAGCAGACGCUUUUAUCCAAAGCGACUUACAGUCAUGCGUGCAUACAUUUUUGUGUAUGGGUGGUCCCGGGGAUCGAACCCACUACCUUGGCGUUACAAGCGCCGUGCUCUACCAGCUGAGCUGGUAGAGCACGGACACUCACACACUGCUCUAGCACACUCACACACUGCUCUAGUGACCUUACACGGAUUCUACCGGCCCAGCACUUUGACACACUACUCUAAUAGUAGCUGCCAUUGAUAAAAGCUCUAGUUUUCCUAUUGAUCCAAAUGAAUCAGUGUCAUGACUUGUGUUUUUGUGAAUUGUGGCCCACAGAUUGCCCUGCCCGCACAACACUGCCGCGCUCCUGGCGUCCUACUCUGUUCAAUGUAAGUUCCAAUCCCCAGGCGUGCUGCCAGAGAUACACACGCAAAACAGGGAUAUGUAGCUACUGGUAGUUAGUUAAUCCAUUUGAUCUCUGUUGCGCCAUACGAGGCUGCACAGUGUAUGGCCACUAGGCGACUCAAAUGCUUUUAGUGUGAGAGGACUAGGAAGAUGUGUGUUGAAAGCUUUUAGCUGAGGGUCAGUGUACUCAGCAGGACUUUCCAAUAGUCACUCGUUGUGUGCUGCCACAUAGCAUAACGUUUUCCGACGUCAAAUCAAAUGUAGUAUUUAAUUAUCUCGCCCAAUAAAAAAAGCAGUUUGCAGCGGAUCCUGUAAUUAGCCAUAACCCUCUCUUUAUGCCCCUGACGUUAGUGGAACAUGGAUAGCUGUGUAUGGAACACUGUGCUAAUAUCUUUUUUUUUUUUGUUGCAUUAUUUGAGCUUGUUUGAGAAGUGUUUUAUUUUAUUUUAUUUUUUUAUAUAUUUUUGGGGGGUGAAGGGUUCAGAUCACAGACAGGCAAUAAUGUUCAAAAAGUACAUAUGUAAAGAAGAAAAAAAACAAUAGAGAGAAAAAAUACAAAUAUGAUUUGUCCUGUCAUUUUUUCAAGGCCUACCUUCAAACUCAGUGCCUCUUUGCUUGACAUCAUGGGAAAAUCAAAAAAAAUCUGCCAAGACCUCAGAAAAGAAAAUGUAGACCUCCACAAGUCUGGUUCAUCCUUGGGAGCAAUUUCCAAACGCCUGAAGGUACCACGUUCAUCUGUACAAACAAUAGUACACAAGUAUAAAUACCAUGGGACCACGCAGCCGUCAUACCGCUCAGGAAGGAGACGCGUUCUGUCUCCUAGAGAUGAACGUACUUUGGUGCAAAAAGUGCAAAUCAAUCCCAGAACAACAGCAUAGGACCUUGUGAAGAUGCUGUAGGAAACAGGUACAAAAGUAUCUAUAUCCACAGCAAAAUGAGUCCUAUAUCGACAUAACCUGAAAGGCCGCUCAGCAAGGAAGAAGCCACUGCUCCAAAACCGCCAUAAAAAAGCCAGACUACGGUUUGCAACUGCACAUGGGGACAAUUUGGAUAGAAUUUGGAAUUGUCAGAAUACUUUCAAAUGUAUUAAUUUCCAUGUCGGCUCUAUGCCUGAAAAUGCCCUUCUCUGAAGCAAAGGAUCCCAAUUUCAAACUCUCAAAAAAAGUGUUUAAAAUAAAUAAACUGGCAACAAUUGAUAUUAACUGGGAAAAAAAGCAUUGUAUGUAGUUUCUUGCAAUAGCCCUCUGUGACUUUAAAUAAUAUUUAUUUUAAAACUUUGCUUCCGAAAAGAUGUGUCUGGAGAUUUGGGUUACUCCGUCAGAUUUAUCUAAAAUCCUAAAUUAAUUAGGAAUGUGCAGGGUCACCUAUACCAUAAGGACCCUUUAUUAAUGUCCUCAUUAUAUGUAGUUCAACAAGACCACUCAUGGUCUGUAAAGUUCUCUGCUUUUGAUAUAUUUAAACAAACAAUAUUGGAAUCACCAUGGUCACAACCAUAAACUGUCAACUCCAUCUGCCUGAUAGAUUAAAAUAGAAGAUUAAUUAGGUUUUAGAGUCAUAAAGCAACUGAGGAAAAACUAAAUUGCUACUGUGUAUACCACUUGAAUGAAGAAAUUUUCAAUUUUUGUCAACUUCAUAAAACAUCAAAAGAUCUGAUAAUAUGGUUAUGUUUUUAUUGGGGAUUUUCAAAUGAAUCAUUUUCUAUAUUUUACAAAUGUUUGUAUUGGACUUUUAUUUUUAGAGGCAAAAAUAGGUCUGUUGAGUAUCUGUCAGCUCUGUCAGUGGCUUGUCUACUCCGUCACUGAUGGCUAACCCCCUUAAGAUCAAUUUAUUUUGUCAAUAUUCCCCCCAAAACAUUUAAUCACUGUUCUGCAACAUAUGCUUAAACAAUUUAAGUGUUUGCUGUGCUAGACCUAAGGGAUAAUGUUGGCUUUAUAAAUGUUGUUUUAUGUUCUAAAUCUAAAGAAAAACAUGCCAAAAUGCUAAUGAAAUUAGCCCUGGAGAAUUUAAUAGUACUAUAAAACAAAGCAAAAAUAAGUUUAGAGAUUUGUAUUACAUAUUUGAAUAUUCUAAUGUUAGACUUAAACAAUCAAGGCCUUUAAACACUUGUUGGACAAUAAUUGUAAAAACGAAAUGCCUUUUAUUGGGUCUGAGAGUUUACAGAAAUCCAGUUGGUUGCAUUUUAUUAAAAUAAAAAAAUUGGUUGUUCCUUUACAUGGUGUGAUAGCUGAUACUUUGGUCUAUCAAAAUGUAUAUUUCAAAUGUUGUUAAUAGUAAGACAAAUAUUUCAGAUUUACCCGUCUUUCAAGUAUCCCUGAGCUCUAAAACAGCCAAAUGUUCUCUCAUCCUCAUGACAAAAUGUAUAAAAUAGCAUGAGUUUAUCUAUAAAACUGCACAUUUCCUCUACACUGACCUUGCGGGGGCCCCACGAAACUGCGCUACGGCACUGCAGUACAUAGAAUACUAUGUAGCAGAGUACUGCUGCUGCACAGCCUUGAACAGACAUGUCCGGAAUACUGUAGCACAAUAGAGCCUUUUCAGCUCAGCUCAACUCCUCAUGGGAAAGAAUAGCCGAGUGGCACAGCAGCUCAACUCAGUUACCAACAUGCUAACUAAUAUACUACAUGUUAGCAUAGCCUAGCAUAGUGAAGCCUAGCCUAGUGAUCCACAGCUAGCACCGAGCCACAUCCUCCCAUUGUAGUGGGCGGUAAGCCUGAGGAGUGUAGCUUGCCAACCUGUGUCAUCCGAUUGACCUUAAUAAUGACUCCUGACAGAUUGGAGAGGGGGGGGGUUAGGGGUCUGUACCUCCAUUGUCUGUCCCAUCUCCACUGCACUGAGGGAUUUGAACUGCACCUCCAACAUAUAACACAACCAACCCGUGUCCAUAUCCAGACUCUUACUUCGGCCUAUAUUAGUUCAAUGUCUCUACCCAUGAGAAGGAUUUCAUGCUAUUGUAGCCAUGGGGAUAGGGGUAUGAAACAUGAUGGAAUGCUGCUGGUAAUUCGGUUAGUUUUGCAAAAUCGGUGAGGCGGAUCAAAUUCGAUCAAGAAAUGCACUCUGCUGAAAGCUCUGGCAUUAGUGCUGUGUAGAUAUUUCUUUGCAUACUGCUGCAGCAUAAAUCCAUAGGCAAUUGACCGUUUAGUUUGAGUGUUGUGGUUCUUUUUUCUUUCUGAUUUAUAACUGUGUUUUGAAUUGAUCUGUUUGUCAAAGAUAGUCAUGAGCCAGUGGUUAAGGGCUCCAUUCAUAUGAAUUGAGGCCGGGUCAUACACGACCACAAGCUAAUGGAUCUGAAGUACUUAGCUUCUCAAAGGCUUCUCAACCACUUAUCUCUUUCAUUAAUAGACAUCAUAACCAGGCUUUUGAUUGAGGUUCUUGUCUUCUAUUCAUUACUACAUUGAUAGGUAAUGGUUUGUCUUUCAAAUGCAAUAUAGGCCUAAUAUUUUCUGUGUCAUAUAGGGAGUCGACUUGACCGUGUCUACUAUUUAAUUGAUUUGACUCUCUCUGCGUUGUGUAGCUGAGCUGGGAGACUACAGUGACUCGGAGCAUGCUCCUGGUUACCUCUCAGAGUUCUGCUUCAUCCCCAACCCGCCCCAAGGCUUCGACAAGGAGGUCACCAAACACCACCAACAGCACAGGUAGGGGCCCAUCUUCACAAGACAUGCACACACUCUUUCUGUCCCAGGAAACAAAAGAUGGCGCCGACAGACACGGUCGCCCUGUUUCUAGCUCCUAGCCAACUUGGCAGUAUUUCGUUUUUUUUAUUUGCUUAGAACAUUUCUAGUACUAUUACCUACAUCCGAAAAUAACUUAUGUCUACUGCUGUACAACAUUUUGAUUGUGUGCUUGUUUGACAUUUACUGCAUUGAUUGAUAGGAACUAGGAACAUAAGCCUUUCGCUGCACCCGCCCUAACACCUGCUAAACUGUGUACGCGACCAAUACAAUUUUGGUUUGAUUUUGAUGUUCAUACAGAGUUGUAUACUCAUGGUUUUAUUGAGUGAUUUUCCAAGGAAAAGCGUGGUCUCACUGUACUGCUCCGUUUUCUGUGAAUGGGUUACGUGCUGUGGAGUUUGAGGCACCUUCCCUCUCUCAUGCAUUUCUCUCUCUUCCUCCUCAGUGGCCUGUCUCCUGCCCAGUCAGAGUUUAAUUACCUGAACACAGCAAGGACUCUGGAGCUGUACGGAGUGGAAUUGCACUAUGCAAGGGUAAGGCUGCUCCCCUGUGUGUUUGUGUAUGUGUACGUGUGUGUGUGUGUCACUGCUACGGUAGAAAAUUCACUUUUCAUAGCAGCACUGAUACCAAUGUUUCAUACAGCUGUGCCCUAGCUCUAGAAAAGCCAGUGCUUUCUAACCCAGCAGGUAGAAAUGGGUAGAGGCAGAGUGAAGGUUGAAACAUGCACGUACAAUAAUAUAUCAUUCUAAUGUACAGUCUGCGUGUUCCUCUGGCCCCAGACACCAGGGCCUUAUGAAGCUUUUAAUGCUUUUAAUGCUUUGUAUUCCUGUAAUAAAAAAGUGGUCAGAUGAUGCAGAUGCUAAGCUACAGGACUGUUUUGUUAGCACAGACUGGAACAUGUUCCGGGAUUCUUCAGAUAGCAUUGAGGGAGUACACCCCAACCAGAAGUCAUGGAUUACAGGCAACAUCCGCACUGAGCUAAAGGGUAGAGCUGCCGCUUUCAAGGAGCGGGACUCUAACCCGGACGCUUAUAAGAAAUCCCGCUAUGCCCUCCGACAAACCAUCAAACAGGCAAAGAGUCAAUACAGGACUAAGAUUGAAUCGUACUACACCGGCUCUGACACUCGUCGGAUGUGGCAGGGCUUGAAAACUAUUACAGACUACAAAGGGAAGCACAGCCGCGAGCUGCCCAGUGACACAAGCCUACCAGACGAGCUAAACCACUUCUAUGCUCGCUUCGAGGCAAGCAACACCGAAGCAUGCAUGAGAGCACCAGCUGUUCCGGAUGACUAUGUGAUCACGCUCUCCGUAGCCGAUGUGAGUAAGACUUUUAAGCAGGUCAACAUUCACAAGGCCGCAGGGCCAGACGGAUUACCAGGACGUGUACUACGAGCAUGUGCUGACCAACUGGCAAGUGUCUUCACCGACAUUUUCAACAUGUCCCUGACUGAGUCUGUAAUACCAACAUAUUUCAAGCAGACCACCAUAGUCCCCGUGCCCAAGAACAUUAAGAUAACCUGCCUAAAUGACUAUCGACCCGUAGCACUGACAUCUGUAGCCAUGAAGUGCUUUGAAAGGCUGGUCAUGGCUCACAUCAACACCAUUAUCCCAGAAACCCUAGACCCACUCCAAUUUGCAUACCGCCCCAACAGAUCCACAGAUGAUGCAAUCUCUAUUGCACUCCACAUUGCCCUUUCCCACCUGGACAAGAGGAACACCUACAGUGAGGGAAAAAAGUAUUUGAUCCCCUGCUGAUUUUGUACGUUUGCCCACUGACAAAUAAAUGAUCAGUCUAUAAUUUUAAUGGAAGGUUUAUUUGAACAGUGAGAGACAGAAUAACAACAAAAAAAUCCAGAAAAACUGAUGUAAAAAAUGUUAUAAAUUGAUUUGCAUUUUAAUGAGGGAAAUAAGUAUUUGACCCCCUCUCAAUCGGAAAGAUUUCUGGCUCCCAGGUGUCUUUUUUAUACAGGUAACGAGCUGAGAUUAGGAGCACACUCUUAAAGAGAGUGCUCCUAAUCUUAGCUAGUUACCUGUAUAAAAGACACCUGUCCACAGAAGCAAUCAAUCAAUCAGAUUCCAAACUCUCCACCAUGGCCAAGAACAAAGAGCUCUCCAAGGAUGUCAGGGACAAGAUUGUAGACCUAUACAAGGCUGGAAUGGGCUACAAGACCAUCGCCAAGCAGCUUGGUGAGAAGGUGACAACAGUUGGUGCGAUUAUUCGCAAAUGGAAGAAACACAAAAUAACUGUCAAUCUCCCUCGGCCUGGGGCUCGUGGAGUUGCAAUGAUCAUGAGAACGGUGAGGAAUCAGCCCAGAACUACACGGGAGGAUCUUGUCAAUGAUCUCAAGGCAGCUAGGACCAUAGUCACCAAGAAAACAAUUGGUAAAACACUACGCUGUGAAGGACUGGAAUCCUGCAGCGCCCGCAAGGUCCCCCUGCUCAAGAAAGCACAUAUACAGCCCCAUCUGAAGUUUGCCAAUGAACAUCUGAAUGAUUCAGAGGAGAACUGGGUGAAAGUGUUGUGGUCAGAUGAGACCAAAAUCGAGCUCUUUGGCAUCAACAAAACUCGCCGUGUUUGGAGGAGGAGGAAUGCUGCCUAUGACCCCAAGAACACCAUCCCCACCGUCAAACAUGGAGGUGGAAACAUUAUGCUUUGGGGGUGUUUUUCUGCUAAGGGGACAGGACAACUUCACCGCAUCAAAGGGACGAUGGACGGGGCCAUGUACCGUCAAAUCUUGGGUGAGAACCUCCUUCCCUCAGCCAGGGCAUUGAAAAUGGGUCGUGGAUGGGUAUUCCAGCAUGACUAUGACCCAAAACACACGGCCAAGGCAACAAAGGAGUGGCUCAAGAAGAAGCACAUGAAGGUCCUGGAGUGGCCUAGCCAGUCUCCAGACCUUAAUCCCAUAGAAAAUCUGUGGAGGGAGCUGAAGGUUCGAGUUGCCAAAUGUCAGGCUCGAAACCUUAAUGACUUGGAGAAGAUCUGCAAAGAGAAGUGGGACAAAAUCCCUCCUGAGAUGUGUGCAAACCUGGUGGCCAACUACAAGAAAUGUCUGACCUCUGUGAUUGCCAACAAGGGUUUUGCCACCAAGUACUAAGUCAUUUUUUGCAGAGGGGUCAAAUACUUAUUUCCCUCAUUUAAAAUGCAAAUCAAUUUAUAACAUUUUUGACAUGUGUUUUUCUGGAUUUUGUUGUUGUUAUUCUGUCUCUCACUGUUCAAAUAAACCUACCAUUAAAAUUAUAGACUGAUCAUGUCUUUGUCAGUGGGCAAACGUACAAAAUCAGCAGGGGAUCAAAUACUUUUUCCCCUGACUGUACGUCAGAAUGCUAUUCAUUGACUACAGCUCAGCGUUCAACACCAUAGUGCCCUCAAAGCUCAUCACUAAGCUAAGGAUCCUGGGACCAAACACCUCCCUCUGCAACUGGAUCCUGGACUUCCUGACGGGCCGCCCCCAGGUGGUAAGGGUAGGUAACAACACAUCUGCCACUCUGAUCUUCAACACGGGGGCCCCUCAGGGGUGCGUGCUCAGUCCCCUCCUGUACUCCCUGUUCACCCAUGACUGCAUGGCCAGGCACGACUCCAACACCAUCAUUAAGUUUGCCGACGACACAACAGUGGUAGGCCUGAUCGACAACGAUGAGACAGCCUAUAGGGAGGAGGUCAGAGACCUGGCCGUGUGGUGCCAGGACAACAACCUCUCCUUCAACGUGAUCAAGACAAAGGAGAUGAUUGUGGACUACAGGGGAAAAAAAGGGGACUGAGCACGCCCCCAUUCUCAUCAACGGGGCUGUAGUGGAACAGGUUGAGAGCUUCAAGUUCCUUGGUGUCCACAUCACCAACGAACUAUCAUGGUCCAAACACACCAAGACAGUCGUGAAGAGGGCACGACAAAGCCUAUUCCCCCUCAGGAGACUGAAAAGAUUUGGCAUGGGUCCUCAGAUCCUCAAAAAGUUCUACAGCUGCACCAUUGAGAGCAUCCUGACUGGUUGCAUCACCGCCUGGUAUGGCAACUGCUCGGUCUCCGACCGCAAGGCACUACAGAGGGUAGUGCGUACAGCCCAGUACAUCACUGGUGCCAAGCUUCCUGCCAUCCAGGACCUCUAUACCAGGUGGUGUCAUAGGAAGGCCCUCAAAAUUGUCAAAGACUCCAGCCACCCUAGUCAUAGACUGUUCUCUCUGCUACCGCACGGCAAGCGGUACCGGAGCGCCAAGUCUAGGUCCAAAAGGCUUCUCAACAGCUUCUACCCCCAAGCCAUAAGACUCCUGAACAGCUUAUCAUGGCUACCCAGACUAUUUGCACCCCCACCCCAUCUUUUUACGCUGCUGCUACUCUGUUAAUUAUUUAUGCAUAGUCACUUUAACUCUACCCACAUGUACAUAUUACCUCAACUAGCCGGUGCCCCCGCACAUUGACUCUGUACCGGUACCCACCUGUAUAUAGCCUCCCUUCUGUUAUUUUAUUUUACUUCUGCUCUUUUUUUCUCAACACUUUUUUGUUGUUGUUUUAUUUUACUUUUUUAUUAAGAAAUAAAUGCAUUGUUGGUUAAGGGCUGUAAGUAAGCAUUUCACAGUAAUGUCUACACCUGUUGUUUUCGGCGCAUGUGGCUGAGGAACAGCAGAACCACUAAGCCUUGAAGAGCUGUCUGUGUGUGUGUCUUUGUGUCUGUGGACUGUGAAGAAAGAAAGACUAGCGGGGCAGAGCACUCCAGUGUCAAAAGGCCUUAAACUAAUCCAGCAAUUGUACAGAGAUUUCCCUCAUUGUCCGAUUAGACAGGCUUUUCUCUUUGCCCCAGAUAAUGUGUCUGUCUGUGUGCUUUUAUAUGCAUGUUUGGGUGUCUUGGUGUGUGUGUGUGUGUGUGUGUGUGUGUGUGUGUGUGUCUGACUGUCCAGGUUUGGUUGUUUUUGUCUAGAUAAUAGUUUUGUUCAUAAGACAAAGCAGGUCACACAAUGGCGAAGAGUUACAUAGACAUUCCUGGUACAAUGAGUCAAUGGCAGAUCUAAACAGAGGCCCCAGCCACAAUUGUCCAUCCAGCCAUUUUUGCUCUAGAAUGAUCACCACACUUUGACUAUUACAGCGGAGAGGUAUCAAAUCAAGCUUUAUGUAUACAGCACAUUUCAGACAUGGAAUGCAACGCAAUGUGCUUUACAGGAAAAGACGAAUAAAAAAAAAAAAACUAAAAGAAAAACUAAAAUAUUUACUACACAACAAACAUAAGAUUUUAAAAAACAAAAGUGACACAAAAGAGUGUCACUGAUGUCAUACCCUAACCCCCCAACCACGUCCGGCCCUAGCCACUAAGCGACCGCUCGCGUGUGGUUGGGCCCCCCCAACCAAAAUGUACAGUUGAAGUCGGAAGUUUAUAUACACUUAGGUUGGAGUCAUUAAAACUUGUUUUUCAACCACUCCACAAAUGUCUUGUUAACAAACUAUCGUUUUGGCAAGUCGGUUAGGACAUCUACUUUGUGCAUGACACAAGUAAGUUUUCCAACAAUUGUAUACAGACAGAUUAUUUAACUUAUAAUUCACUGUAUCACAAUUCCAGUGGGUCAGAAGUUUACAUACACUAAGUUGACUGUGCCUUUAAACAGCUUGGAAAAUUCCAGAAAAUGAUGUCAUGGUUUUAGAAGCUUCUGAUAGGCUAAUUGACAUCAUUUGAGUCAAUUGGAGGUGUACCUGUGGAUGUAUUUCAAGGCCUACCUUCAAACUCAGUGUCUCUUUGCUUGACAUCAUGGGAAAAUCAAAAGAAAGUAGCCAAGACCUCAGUAAACUAAUUGUAGACCUCCACAAGUCUGGUUCAUCCUUAGGAGCAAUUUCGAAACGCCUGAAGGUACCACGUUCAUCUGUACAAACAAUAGUACGCUAGUAUAAACACCAUGGGACCACGCAGCCAUCAUACCGCUCAGGAAGGAGACGUGUUCUGUCUCCUAGAGAUUAACGUACUUUGGUGCGAAAAGUGCAAAUCAAUCCCAGAACAACAGCAAAGGACCUUGUGAAGAUGCUGGAGAAACAGGUACAAAAGUAUAUAUAUCCACAGUAAAACAAGUCCUAUAUCUACAUAACCUGAAAGGCCGCUCAGCAAGGAAGAAGCCAUUGCUCCAAAACCGCCAUAAAAAAGCCAGACUGCGGUUUGCAACUGCACAUGGGGACAAAGAUCAUACUUUUUGGAGAAAUGUCCUCUGGUCUGAUGAAACAAAAAUAGAACUGUUUGGCCAUAAUGACCAUCGUUAUGUUUGGAGGAAAAAGGGUGACGCUUGCAAGCCGAAGAACACCAUCCCAACCGUGAAGCACGGGGGUGGCAGCAUCAUGCUGUGGGGGUGCUUUGCUGCAAGAGGGACUGGUGCACUUCACAAAAUAGAUGGCCUAAUGAGGAAGGAAAAUUAUGUGGAUAUAUUGAAGCAACAUCUCAAGACAUCAGUCAGGAAGUUAAUGCUUGGUUGCAAAUGGGUCUUCCAAAUGGACAAUGACAAGGUAUUGGAGUGGCCAUCACAAAGCCCUGACCUCAAUCCUAUAGAACAUUUGUGGGCAGAACUGAAAAAGCGUGUGCGAGCAAGGAGGCCUACAAACCUGACUCAGUUACACCAGCUCUGUCAGGAGGAAUGGGCCAAAAUUCACCCAACUUAUUGUGGGAAGCUUGUGGAAGGCUACCCGAAACGUUUGACCCAAGUUAAGCAAUUUAAAGGCAAUGCUACCAAAUACUAAUUGAGUGUAUGUAAACUUCUGACCCACUGGGAAUGUGAUGAAAGAAAUAAAAGCUGAAAUAAAUCAUUCUCUCUACUAUUAUUCUGACAUUUCACAUUCUUAAAAUAAAGUGGUGAUCCUAACUGACCUAAGACAGGGAAUUUGUACUAGGAUUAAAUGUCAGGAAUUGUGAACAACUGAGUUUAAAUGUAUUUGGCUAAGGUGUAUGGAAACUUCCGACUUCAACUGUAGCUUAGGGCCCCCAAAAGGCUAGGGCCGGCCCUACCCCCGCCACUGUCUUAGGGGGAGAGGGUCUGUGUCUGUACCCCCACCAAAGCUCCCACCAGGCUUUGCCCACUGUCAGGGUGCUUAGAUUGUCAGGGUGCUUAGACUCUUAAGCCACCAAUUUUUCUCAUUGAUUUCCUUCCUUCCUGUGUUUCUUCAUCCCUAUCUCCCUCUUUCUCUCACGGUUCCAGGAUCAAAGCAACACUGAUAUUUUAAUUGGGGUGAUGUCCGCAGGGAUCAUGGUUUACAAGAACAGGGUACGAAUCAACUGCUUUCCAUGGUGAGUGACAAACUGAAGACUUGAUUCUGAUACAAGAUGAGGCGAUUUGUAAAUCAGAGAAUGAAUUUGAUCGCAGCUGCAAGGGGAUCAUUUGUGAUCACAAAUAGCGUCCACUUUUGUAGAUUGUGUUAGAAAUUAAAAUGUUCACUGUGUUUUAUUCAGCUAUAUAUCAUUGACUUAUCUUCAGUCAUCCAGGUUGCAGAAGUAUUCAGAGAAGUGUUGAAUAUGAUUAUUCUAAGCACCUCACAUAAGUGCUUUACAUACACUGCUCAAAAAAAUAAAGGGAACACUUAAACAACACAAUGUAACUCCAAGUCAAUCACACUUCUGUGAAAUCAAACUGUCCACUUAGGAAGCAACACUGAUUGACAAUACAUUUCACAUGCUGUUGUGCAAAUGGAAUAGACAACAGGUGGAAAUUAUAGGCAAUUAGCAAGACACCCCCAAUAAAGGACUGGUUUUGCAGGUGGUGACCACAGACCACUUCUCAGUUCCUAUGCUUCCUGGCUGAUGUUUUGGUCACUUUUGAAUGCUGGCGGUGCUUUCACUCUAGUGGUAGCAUGAGAUGGAGUCUACAACCCACACAAGUGGCUCAGGUAGUGCAGCUCAUCCAGGAUGGCACAUCAAUGCGAGCUGUGGCAAGAAGGUUUGCUGUGUCUGUCAGCGUAGUGUCCAGAGCAUGGAGGCGCUACCAGGAGACAGGCCAGUACAUCAGGAGACGUGGAGGAGGCCGUAGGAGGGCAACAACCCAGCAGCAGGACUGCUACCUCCGCCUUUGUGCAAGGAGGAGCAGGAGGAGCACUGCCAGAGCCCUGCAAAAUGACCUCCAGCAGGCCACAAAUGUGAUGUGCAUGUGUCUGCUCAAACGGUCAGAAACCGACUCCAUGAGGGUGGUAUGAGGGCCCGACGUCCACAGGUGGGGGUUGUGCUUACAGCCCAACACCGUGCAGGACGUUUGGCAUUUGCCAGAGAACACCAAGAUUGGCAAAUUCGCCACUGGCGCCCUGUGCUCUUCACAGAUGAAAGCAGGUUCACACUGAGCACGUGACAGACGUGACAGAGUCUGGAGACGCUGUGGAGAACGUUCUGCUGCCUGCAACAUCCUCCAGCAUGACCGGUUUGGCGGUGGGUCAGUCAUGGUGUGGGGUGGCAUUUCUUUGGGGGGCCGCACAGGCCUCCAUGUGCUCGCCAGAGGUAGCCUGACUGCCAUUAGGUACCGAGAUGAGAUCCUCAGACCCCUUGUGAGACCAUAUGCUGGUGCGGUUGGCCCUGGGUUCCUCCUAAUGCAAGACAAUGCUAGACCUCAUGUGGCUGGAGUGUGUCAGCAGUUCCUGCAAGAGGAAGGCAUUGAUGCUAUGGACUGGCCCGCCCGUUCCCCAGACCUGAAUCCAAUUGAGCACAUCUGGGACAUCAUGUCUCUCUCCAUCCACCAACGCCACAUUGCACCACAGACUGUCCAGGAGUUGGCGGAUGCUUUAGUCCAGGUCUGGGAAGAGAUCCCUCAGGAGACCAUCCGCCACCUCAUCAGUAGCAUGCCCAGGCGUUGUAGGGAGGUCAUACAGGCACGUGGAGGCCACACACACACACACUACUGAGCCUCAUUUUGACUUGUUUUAAGGACAUUACAUCAAAGUGUGGUUUUCCACUUUAAUUUUGAGGGUGACUCCAAAUCCAGACCUCCAUGGGUUGAUACAUUUGAUUUCCAUUGAUAAUUUUUGUGUGAUUUUGUUGUCAGCACAUUCAACUAUGUAAAGAAAAAGUAUUUAAUAAGAUUAUUUAAUUCAUUCAGAUCUAGGAUGUGUUAUUUUAGCGUUCCCUUUAUUUUUUUGAGCAGUGUAUUAAUCUGUAAACCGCAGAUGAUCAUUCCUAGAAUCUCCUCUGAGAGCAGACUCAGAGCGGUUGAGGCUUUCAUGUGGAUUUUCUUUGAGGCCCAAAACUUUCAUUCUUAGAUAUUCAGCCCAGUUGGUGGGGCUACUGGAAGUGUGUGCCAGGGGUGGAAUAGCACAGCCCAAAUCCCGACCAGACAUGUGAUAAUCCAACACACAGAGACACACACUGACACACACACUUCCCAACCCCCCACCCCCUACUAGCUCCUCACAGCACACACACGCUCAUUCUUAAAAGCCAGCUGCUUGAUGUAGCGCAGGCAGCUCAUUUGAAAAUAUAUGGGCUCAGAUGCUUUCCAGUCCGGCUAAAUUUAGGGCUGCUAACAGUGGUGCGUUUUACAACAGCUGUCUGCAACCAUCACACAAAAAGGAUUGCUUCUAUCGACCACUCCCUCUCUGUUUGGCUCGCCUGCCCCUACUAGUAAAAGGUGAUGCAUAACGUUACUCCUCAUAGAGCAGAGUUGAAAGCAUAGCGGUCCAGUGACUCGGAACAGAGAUGUGUCUGAGAGAGUGAGUUGUGUGGAUUUUAGCCUCGCUCCUAUUUCUGUCCACAACGGGCUGACAAAUUAGCUUUGCUUAGAUGGGGCAUGACUCACUGCCUUGGAGAGAGAAAGAGAAUGUGUGUGUGUGUGUGUGUGUGUGUGUGUGUGUGUGUGUGUAAGAAUGUAAAAUAUAUUUAGUUGAGCUGUGAGUCAUGUAGAAGUGGGAAAAGAGGCGAGGGAGGGGGAGCGAGGGGGAGGGGAGGCGGGAGAGGGGAGAGAUGAGGGGGAAGGAGGGGACGCGAGGAUGGGAUGGGAGGAGGGAGAGGAGGGAGAGGUGGGAGAUGAGGAGGAUGGGAGGAGGAGGGAGAGGAGGGAGGGAGGAGGGAGAGGAGGCAGUGGAGAGCAGUGAGGAGGGGAGGGAGGGAGGAGGGAGAGGGAGAGAGAGGAGGGAUGGAGGAGGAAGGAGAGGGGAGGGCGAGGAGGAUGGGAAGGGGGAGGGAGAGGGAGGGGGAGAGGAGAGGAGGAGGGAGGGAGAGGAAAGGAGGGGGAGGAGGGAGAGGGGAGGGGAGAGCGGGGAUGGGAGUGGGAGGAGGGAGAGGGGGAGAGCGAGGAUGGGGAUGGGAGGAGGGAGGGGGGGGGAGUUGAGGAGGGAUGGGAGGAGGGAGAGGGGGAGAGGAGAGGAGGAGAUGGGAGGGGGGGGAAGGGAGGAUGGAGGGAGGAGAGAGAGGAGGGAGUGGGAUGGGAGGAGGGAGAGGAGAGAGAGGAUGGGAUGGGAGGAGGGAGGAGGGAGAGGGGGAGAGCGAGGAGGGGAUGGAGGAGAGAGGGAGAGGGGAGAGUGAGGAUGGGAUGGGAGGAGGGAGAGGGGAGAGCGAGGAUGGGAUGGGAGGAAGGAGAGGGCGAGAGCGAGGAGGGAUGGGAGGAGGGAGAGGGGGGAGAGCGAGGAUGGGAUGGGAGGAAGGAGAGGGGGAGAGCGAGGAUGGGAUGGGGAGGAGGGAGAGGGGGAGAGCGAGGAUGGGAUGGGAGGAGGGAGGGGGGAGAGGGAGGAUGGGAUGGGAGGAGGGAGAGGGGGAGAGCGGAGGAGGGGAUGGGAGGAAGGAGAGGGGAGAAGCGAGGAUGGGAGGGAGGAGGGAGAGGGGAGAGAGGAGGAUGGGAUGGGAGGAGGGAGAGGGGAGAGCAAGGAUGGGAUGGGAGGAAGGAGAGGGGGAGAGACGAGGAUGGGAUGGGAGGAGGGAGAGGGGAGAGCGAGGAUGGGAUGGGAGGAGGGAGAGGGGAGAGCGAGGAUGGGAUGGGAGGAGGGAGAGGGGAGAGCGAGGAUGGGAGGAGGGAGAGGGGAGAGCGAGGAUGGGAUGGGAGGAGGGAGAGGGGAGAGCGAGGAUGGGAUGGGAGGAGGGAGAGGGGAGGGAUUAGUCUUGAUAGGGAGACAUUUUAAAGUCAGCUUCUCUCUCUGCAGUGGCUCUGAUUUGUGCUGUGAAAGAAGGGGACCCUCAGCAGUGACACAAAUUGUGACUCAUUUCUGUGGGUUUCUCUCCCCUCAGGUUGAAGAUUGUGAAAAUAUCGUUCAAGUGCAAACAGUUCUUCGUUCAGCUCAGGAGAGAAGUGGUAGGUAUUCAAGCCGUUGUUUUCACUGUCCUUAUUUUGACAAUAAAAUGUGAGAUGGGAUCUACUAGCAGCAACGUGUCAGUCAGAGGAGUCUUUCAUAUAGUAGGAAUGAAGACUUACCCAGCGGACCACACUUUGUAGUGAACGCAGUCCCUAAGUUCUUCCUAUGAGCAUGUGUGACCAUGUUUCCCUGUCAUAAGUGUCACCAGACAAGACCCAGUUCUCUGGCUCAGCGUCAGGGUGGAAACCAGAUGAGUUAGACUAGAUUAGCUAGUACUGCUAAUGGACUUACUGACCGUCUACCACUGAUCCAAUUUCUCCCCACACCACAGGCAUCCAUAUCAAUCUGAAACAACUUAUCUUAGACAUUAACGACAACACACUGCCCCCUCACCCAGACCCAGCGUCCUUAUUUGUUUAUUUGACUAACUGGCACGCUGGCAUAAUCACCGGCCUGCUCCGCCGCUGACUGUUUCUGGAAUCUGGGACAGCGAGACAGGGAGAGCCUGUUAAAUGCUUAUUAAUUAUGAAGAAUAGAUAAUGCAUUUUGCGUGUGGCGGCAGGAGGCGGGGAGCGUGAUCUGAAACUGAAUCCAAAGCUGCUGGCUCCCUCUCCUACUCCCUCCUCUCCUCUGUUCCGUUAAGCCCCAUGAUGGAACCAUGGAAUCUCAGGAAAAUAUCCCCAAAACACCCCCCAUCCACUCCUCCCUUUCCUGGUUCAAUAAUGGAUGAGGUGUAUUUCCAGAGCAGUUGUACUAAAAGCACUGCAGCCGUCGGCCAGCCUCCAUGGUGUCACUCAGGCUGUAUUAUUCAUGGCGCAUCCCAAAUGGCACCCUAUUCCAUAUUUAGUGUACUAUUUUUGACCAGGGCUCUGAUCAAAAGUAGUACAGUAUAUAGGGAAUAGGGUGCCAUUUGGGAUGCAGCCAUGGACAGAUGGGUAAGACUGAUCACGGCCGGUCAUGUGUGCACGGGUCACAGCACACGCUUUAAAAAGCAACAACAAACCAGGAAAUUAAUUGGCCCCUUUUUUUCUAUUCUUCUCCUGGACUAGUGAGUUGUCUCCAGUGAGCAAUUGAGUAGCCCUACUUUAUCCGACCUCAUGGUGAGGCUAGGUGAGCUCUAGUCUAAUGUACAUGAUGACGGGGUUGUUCAGAGAAUCUGCUCUUCCUUGAAGUUCUUUCAAGAUGCAGGUGUGGACAGUCAAGAUGCAGGUGUGGUUGUUUUUGCAGGCUUUUUCUGUUUGUGUAGGCUAACACAGGCUAUAUGAGCUGAACUUGUACCAGAACAUUAGCUGUCCCUGUGAACAUUAUUACCCAAGUGGGACCACCAUGUCUUCAUGACUAGUGGCAUGUGCCAUCAGGAGACCGUCUGGGGGCUGAGGGAGGGGUAUGGGGAUGUUGUGGCUGCAGACAGGGAUUUACCCCCUGCUGCCUAUCUCCUCAGGUGACAAACCCACCAAAUCAUGGUGGCUAAUCCAACACAUUAUUUCUCCCCCAUCUAUGAACAAGGCAGUGUAGCCUUGUCUUGACACCUCCCCCCUUCUGUGACAAUAGGACCAAGACCUUGACUCAACACCACCUCACUACUGCUACUGUAGUCUCAGGCAUGCUAAACACACACACAAACAGACUCCAACCCUAGGUCACAAUGAACAAGGAACAUUAUAGUCAACAGGAAAGCCUAUGGACUAAAGGAAUCGGUUACAUACCAGCAUACCAGCAGCUCAGACUGUAUUACUCUCAGUACAGUAUGGAAACAUGUCCUUUCCCAUUUGUCAUUAUUGUUGUCAAUCACUCAGUCAUUCUCUUUCCCCCUCUCUCCUUCCCUUUCCCCACUAUUUCCCUCCCUCCCUCCCUCCCUCCCUCCCUCCCUCCCUCCCUCCCUUUACAGAAUGAGACCAGGGAGACCUUGCUGGGGUUUAACAUGGUGAACUAUAGAGCCUGUAAGAACCUAUGGAAGACCUGUGUAGAACACCACACCUUCUUCCGUCUGGACCGGCCUGUUCCCCCUCAGAAGAACUUCUUUACCCACUACUUUUCCCUGGGCUCCAAGUUCCGUUACUGGUAGGAGAAAAUCCCCAGUGCCACCCAUGAGAAUGCGCACACACACACACACACACACACACCCCCGCCAGGCACAAAGUGCUGUCAUUGAAAUGUCAACACAGGUACAAUGUUUGCUAGGUCACGAUGACAAGUUCCAUCAAUCAUAAGUGUUUGGGGAGUUCCAUUAGCUGUUGGCUAUCGUGCUCUCAUCUUAGAGAAAAGUAGUUGAAUUAUUAACGAUGCCCCAGAACUGAGCUUGUUUUUCUUCAGUUUUUCGAAACGCUUUUUAGUUUUUUUGGGAAUAGGGAGUUCUUCUAUUAUUCAUAUGGACUCACUUCUCAGAUGUAGUUUAGAAAUAGUACAAACAAAUGUAAACUGUUCACUGUUGAAAUUUAAAUACUUGAGUAUGUGCUUUGAGCUGUGCUGGGAGUGGGGGUGAUGAGGGGGCUAAGAAACUUCUUCUAGAUUGUGCUGUGACAAAUCGGGUUUUGGAGAAAAGUCUGAGAAAUGGUUGAAACAUGAAGUGGAGAGUUGGGAGGUUUUUGAGACUUUAUUGAAGCGCCCGUUGGGAAGUAAGGUACAGCACAGCAGUUUGUAAGAUGUGGCUGAAUGUUACUAAAAUGAUGGUUGGAUGUUGGUUGAACGUUGUCUCUGCAGCGGGAGGACAGAGGUGCAGUCGGUGCAGUAUGGCAAAGAGAAGGGGAUCAAGGACCGGGUGUUCGCCAGGUACAUAAUGCACCACACCACUGUACUGUAUGGACAUGUAUCUAUAUGAACAGAUACAUUCUCAAUGCGUCUGUUAGGCUGCGUUACUGUUAUGAGGUCUUCUAAGAGUAUGACAGCCUGAAGUCUGUAAUGCCCAAAGUCAAUAUAGGAAGUGAUGGUGAACAAGCACCAGCUAAUUAGCAUUAGUUUAGUGCCUUAUUAUUGCCCUCUACCCGGAGGAGAUGUAGGAUGAAUUAGUGGUGUUGAUGGGCCAAUCGUCACAUCCUAGAGGUGAUGUAGGAUGAAUUAGUGGUGUUGAUGGGCCAAUCAUCACAUCCUACAGCCUCAAUCUUUUUCUCUGAGCUGGGUUUUCAGUCAGCAUCUACAUCUGGGCUUUAGAAUGUAUUGUUUCAUCACUCUGGCUGUGUCUGAGAUGGCAUCCUAUUUCCUAUAUAGUGCACUCUAUGUGGGCCCUAGUUAAAGGUAGUGCACUAUAUAGGAAAUAGGCUGCCUCUGUCUUUUUCCAUCUCCCUUAUCACACAGUCCUCUAUCCCAUUGGUCAGCAGUAUCACUUCCUCCUUGGCUCGGUCAUGUGACUGAUUGUGUUUCCUGUCUGAAUAGGUCUCCCAGUAAGCCCCUGUCCAGGAAGUUGAUGGGCGGGACAGACUGGGAGGUGGUGAGCAAGAACAGCCUAUCAGACGAGAGGCUGGAGACCCAGAGCCUGCCCACACGCUCCCCACCCGGAACCCCUAACCAGUAAUACCUGGCACUCCUCCUUAUAGCAUGUCCUAUUAUAAUGCCCACAUAUCAUGCCCUCCAUACAUGACCUUAGAGAGGGAGAGAUCUACAUUGUGAGGGAGUUCCUGUUCCAAUACCGUCAGUAAUGGUACUCACACAUUUCAUUGCAUGAUCGAAAAUGAAAGGAAUUAUACACAUUCAAAUGUAUCAGAGAGCUGGACAAAACAUCAUACAAUCAAAAUAAAAUAGAAGUCUUCCAACAGUGUGGAUAGCAUACAUUCAUUUGCUUUGAUUACUCACACAAUCCUCCUAACCACCGUUUUGUGUGUGUGCGUGCAGCCGGAACUCGUUCGUACAGGAGGGGACGCGGAUGCGGCCGUCGUCGGUGGGGCACCUGGUGGACCAUGUGAUUCACGCUUCGCCCAGCCUCCCUGUCUUCGCCAAUCACAAAUCAGCGUCCUCUACCCAGGCCAACUCCAUCAGCCUUGACUCUACCCCGUAAGUCUGCUGACACACAAACACGCACACACACACCCCAAUCACAAAUCAGCCUCUUCCACUCACGGCAACUCCAUUAGACUGGACUCCAUUCGUAAGUCUGACCCCUUGUGGACACUGGAAACACUGCAGUAGUGAGGAAGAUGAGAGGGGUAGUGGUUAUGAGUAGCCCUGUUGACAUGACUGCAUGAUCGGACCAGGAACAACUCUGGCCCCUAGUUAUAGCCCAGUACAAGAGACUAGGCCUACACUGAAACAAUAUGUGAGGGCUCUGAGCAAGACUGUCAAAGAAUAUAAUGGAAGUUCUCUUACCAGCUCUCUCCCAACAAAACACCACCAUAGUUGUUAAUGAGGAUGAAAGUUGGUGACAGUGCAUAGAUUCUACUGUUAAAGUCCCCACUAAAGCCGCUGUCUAAAAAUCUAUGGAAACCACAUUAAAUUGGACUUGACAUACCAGUGCCAUGCUGUCUGCUCCGACUGCUGAAACAGCUGAUUUUUAACGGUUAGCCUGUGGUCUGUGGCUUACAAUUACAGUUCACACCCUUUCCCAAAUGUCAUUCAAUGGGCUUAAAUGGAAACAGAGACUUUGAACGCGGGCUAUCAAAAAGUGUUUACAGCUCUGGGGGCAUGGAGGGGGUUCGGCAGGGCUGGGAUGGAGCAGGAUGGGGGCGGGGAGGGGGGGGUGAUAAACACAAUAAUAGUAAUAAUAAUCAUAAUAAUGCCUUUGGCCUGUCUUAGACUGGGAGCCGUAUAACCCUCUUAGGUCAAAAUGCCCCCGGCCCGUGGCUCUAGUCUACUGCAGUAGUGGUCCACUGAUAUCUGAGAGUAGCCUAACCCCUAGUGUCUUAGACUGGGAACCAUAUACAUGUUUACAUUUUAACAUUUUAGUCAUUUAGCAGACGCUCUUAUCCAGAGCGACUUACAGUUAGUGAGUGCAUACAUUUUUCAUACCCCGUGGGAAUCGAACCCACAACCCUGGCGUUGCAAGCGCCAUGCUCUACCAACUGAGCUACACAGGGCCCAGUAUACCACUCUUAGGUCGAAUUUGCCCCAAUGAUUCUACCAAUGCAGUAGUGGUUCACUAACAUCUGAGAGUAGCCUAACCCCUGGGCUAGUAGGGUUGGGUUGCCCUGAUGAGUGGGGCUAUGUUGAACUCUCCCACCCUCUGCUCAACAUCCCAACCUCAACCUCCAGCCAACCCUGUACUCCAGUUCCCUUGGCUGUUAUGUUCUUUGAGAUGCCUUUCAGAGUUCCAAUAACUGUUUAUUAUUAGGCUAGAUUGGGUAAGUGCCACUAGGAGUGGAGGACAAAUUAAUAGUCUCCAUAUGUCACUGUCUUAUCAUCUUAGAGCAGGAAUGAUAUUUAUAUGUUCUGCUGUGUUAUCUUACCAAGAACUGUCAACAGCACUAGGACAGAUACUGAACCUGUACUGGGAAUGGAGGGAAUAGUUCUGACACUUACAGAAUCCCAAUUCAACCUAUGCAUAUGUACACAAACAUACCUACACUCACCAUAUAUACUUUCUCUCGCAUUUCACUUCUGCAUUCGCACACACAGGCAUACACAAACUUGUACCCACCCACAUUCCAUGCCAAGCCAUUUGCUCAUGUCUUUUGUCAUUGAUCCAGAAGAUGACAUAACCACCUGCUCACUCUUCCUGAGAGCUCACACAUCACUGCUAUAUCCAGUGACACACACACACACACACACGCACGCACAUACACACUCUCUCCCUCGCUCUCUCUCAAAAAUAAACAUAAAAACAACCAUAUUCCCUGUCACGUAGCCUUAGCUCAGUGAGGAUAAGGUUUCAGGUUGUUGAAACCAAAGCAUAGCAACCAGGUCAUGUAACACCUCCCCCUCUACAACCUGAUCUGUAAACCUGGAAAACAUCCCACUACACUGUCACUUGAAAGGCUGCUGACCCCAGCCUGACCUUUUAAAGAAAAAAUAGAAUAUUGAACUUUCCCUGACUUUACAGUCAUUGUGAAAAAGGACAGCGAUUGUAGCACAUUAUAUCUUAUUGUCUUGAUGUAAUUAGCGGAAUACAGCCCUGUUUGUUUUUAUUCAGCUAAUUAGUUCAGCUAAUUAUCCAGCAUUUCAGAAAAAAAUACUCUAGUUUAAACUAGUAUUUGAAAAAGUGUGUUACUGUGCAUCUCCCUGUGGUCAGUGAGCAGUAGUCUUGCCUGUCUCCCUCCCUCCCCCCAGGCCUGUGGCUGAUGUCAGCAUAGUGUAUGUUUAUGUUGGAGAGGCCUGUCUGUCCUUCCUGCAGGGUCUCCCUCCGGACCAGGCCAUGGUGUCUCCUGUGUUGUGACACCAGCCUGGCAUACAGGACGCUAAACAAAGACAAUGUGCUGUGACUGGCUUCUAGUCCCCCUGGUCCUCCUGCGAUUUCUGUUGUUGAGUGACUAGGAUGGUUAGGUACACUGUAUAACACACACCCACUGUACACACAGAGCCAUAUACUGUAUAUAGAGAGUUCAGUCAGGUUUUAGGACAGCUGCCAUGUUAGAGUCUUUAUUCUUAAAAUGUUUGUGAUGAAAUUACCCGCUCCCGAGUGGCGCAGUGGUCUAAGGCACUGCAUCUCAGUGCUUGAGGCGUCACUACAGACCCCCUGGUUCGAUUCCAGGCUGUAUCACAACCGGCCGGCGUCGUCCGGGUUUGGCCGGUGUAGGCCGUCAUUGUAAAUAAGAAUUUAUUCUUAACUGACUUGCCUAGUUAAAUAAAGGUUAAAAAAAUAAUAAUAAAAUAACAGAGCAGAGCAGCGAAUUUAAGACAUUUGUAUUGAUUAAAUCAAAUCAAAUCAAAUUUUAUUGGUCACAUGCGCCGAAUACAACAGGUGCAGACAUUACAGUGAAAUGCUUACUUACAGCCCUUAACCAACAGUGCAUUUAUUUUUUUACAAAAAAAGUAAAAAUAAAACAACAACAAAAAAUGUGUUGAGAAAAAAAGAGCAGAAGUAAAAUAAAAUAACAGUAGGGAGGCUAUAUAUACAGGGGGGUACCGGUGCAGAGUCAAUGUGCGGGGGCACCGGCUAGUUGAGAUAGUUGAAGUAAUCUGUACAUGUGGGUAGAGUUAAAGUGACUAUGUAUAAAUAAUUAACAGAGUAGCAGCAGCGUAAAAAGGAUGGGGUGGGGGGGCAGUGCAAAUAGUCCGGGUAGCCAUGAUUAGCUGUUCAGGAGUCUUAUGGCUUGGGGGUAGAAGCUGUUGAGAAGUCUUUUGGACCUAGACUUGGCACUCCGGUACCGCUUGCCGUGCGGUAGCAGGGAGAACAGUCUAUGACUAGGGUGGCUGGAGUCUUUGAAAAUUUUGAGGGCCUUCCUCUGACACCGCCUGGUAUAGAGGUCCUGGAUGGCAGGAAGCUUGGCCCCAGUGAUGUACUGGGCCGUACACACUACCCUCUGUAGUGCCUUGCGGUCGGAGGCCAAGCAGUUGCCAUACCAGGCGGUGAUGCAACCAGUCAGGAUGCUCUCGAUGGUGCAGCUGUAGAAUUUUUUGAGGAUCUGAGGACCCAUGCCAAAUCUUUUCAGUCUCCUGAGGGGGAAUAGGCUUUGUCGUGCCCUCUUCACGACUGUCUUGGUGUGUUUGGACCAUGAUAGUUCGUUGGUGAUGUGGACACCAAGGAACUUGAAGCUCUCAACCUGUUCCACUACAGCCCCGUCGAUGAGAAUGGGGGCGUGCUCAGUCCUCUUUUUUUUCCUGUAGUCCACAAUCAUCUCCUUUGUCUUGGUCACGUUGAGGGAGAGGUUGUUGUCCUGGCACCACACGGCCAGGUCUCUGACCUCCUCCCUAUAGGCUGUCUCAUCGUUGUCGGUGAUCAGGCCUACCACUGUUGUGUCGUCGGCAAACUUAAUGAUGGUGUUGGAGUCGUGCCUGGCCAUGCAGUCAUGGGUGAACAGAGAGUACAGGAGGGGACUGAGCACGCACCCCUGAGGGGCCCCCGUGUUGAGGAUCAGUGUGGCAGAUGUGUUGUUACCUACCCUUACCACCUGGGGGCGGCCCGUCAGGAAGUCCAGGAUCCAGUUGCAGAGGGAGGUGUUUAGUCCCAGGAUCCUUAGCUUAGUGAUGAGCUUAGAGGGCACUAUGGUGUUGAAUGCUGAGCUGUAGUCAAUGAAUAGCAUUCUCACGUACAGUGGGGAAAAAAAGUAUUUAGUCAGCCACCAAUUGUGCAAGUUCUCCCACUUAAAAAGAUGAGAGAAGCCUGUAAUUUUCAUCAUAGGUACACGUCAACUAUGACAGACAAAUUGAGGAAAAAAAAUCCAGAAAAUCACAUUGUAGGAUUUUUAAUGAAUUUAUUUGCAAAUUAUGGUGGAAAAUAAGUAUUUGGUCACCUACAAACAGGCAAGAUUUCUGGCUCUCACAGACCUAUAACUUCUUCUUUAAGAGGCUCCUCUGUCCUCCACUCGUUACCUGUAUUAAUGGCACCUGUUUGAACUUGUUAUCAGUAUAAAAGACACAUGUCCACAACCUCAAACAGUCACACUCCAAACUCCACUAUGGCCAAGACCAAAGAGCUGUCAAAGGACACCAGAAACAAAAUUGUAGACCUGCACCAGGCUGGGAAGACUGAAUCUGCAAUAGGUAAGCAGCUUGGUUUGAAGAAAUCAACUGUGGGAGCAAUUAUUAGGAAAUGGAAGACAUACAAGACCACUGAUAAUCUCCCUCGAUCUGGGGCUCCACGCAAGAUCUCACCCCGUGGGGUCAAAAUGAUCACAAGAACGGUGAGCAAAAAUCCCAGAACCACACGGGGGGACCUAGUGAAUGACCUGCAGAGAGCUGGGACCAAAGUAACAAAGCCUACCAUCAGUAACACACUACGCCGCCAGGGACUCAAAUCCUGCAGUGCGAGACGUGUCCCCCUGCUUAAGCCAGUACAUGUCCAGGCCCGUCUGAAGUUUGCUAGAGUGCAUUUGGAUGAUCCAGAAGAGGAUUGGGAGAAUGUCAUAUGGUCAGAUGAAACCAAAAUAGAACUUUUUGGUAAAAACCCAACUCAUCGUGUUUGGAGGACAAAGAAUGCUGAGUUGCAUCCAAAGAACACCAUACCUACUGUGAAGCAUGGGGGUGGAAAAAUCAUGCUUUGGGGCUGUUCUUCUGCAAAGGGACCAGGACGACUGAUCCGUGUAAAGGAAAGAAUGAAUGGGGCCAUGUAUCGUGAGAUUUUGAGUGAAAACCUCCUUCCAUCAACAAGGGCAUUGAAGAUGAAACGUGGCUGGGUCUUUCAGCAUGACAAUGAUCCCAAACACACCGCCCGGGCAACGAAGGAGUGGCUUCGUAAGAAGCAUUUCAAGGUCCUGGAGUGGCCUAGCCAGUCUCCAGAUCUCAAUCCCAUAGAAAAUCUUUGGAGGGAGUUGAAAGUCCGUGUUGCCCAGCGAAAGCCCCAAAACAUCACUGCUCUAGAGGAGAUCUGCAUGGAGGAAUGGGCCAAAAUACCAGCAACAGUGUGUGAAAACCUUGUGAAGACUUACAGAAAACGUUUGACCUGUGUCAUUGCCAACAAAGGGUAUAUAACAAAAGUAUUGAGAAACUUUUGUUAUUGACCAAAUACUUAUUUUCCACCAUAAUUUGCAAAUAAAUUCAUUAAAAAUCCUACAAUGUGAUUUUCUGGAUUUUUUUUCCUCAUUUUGUCUGUCAUAGUUGACGUGUACCUAUGAUGAAAAUUACAGGCCUCUCUCAUCUUUUUAAGUGGGAGAACUUGCACAAUUGGUGGCUGACUAAAUACUUUUUUCCCCCACUGUAGGUGUUCCUCUUGUCCAGGUGGGAAAGAGCAGUGUGGAGUGUUGGGGCGGUAUGCAAAUUGGAGUGGGUCUAGGGUUUCUGGGAUAAUGCUGUUGAUGUGAGCCAUGACCAGCCUUUCAAAGCACUUCAUGGCUACAGACGUCAGUGCUACGGGUCGGUAGUCAUUUAGGCAGGUUAUCUUAGAGUCCUUGGGCACGGGGACUAUGGUGGUCUGCUUGAAACAUGUUGUUAUUACAGACUCAGUCAGGGACAUGUUGAAAAUGUCAGUGAAGACACUUGCCAGUUGGUCAGCACAUGCUCGGAGUACACGUCCUGGUAAUCCGUCUGGCCCUGCGGCCUUGUGAAUGUUGACCUGCUUAAAAGUCUUACUCACAUCGGCUACGGAGAGCGUGAUCACAUAGUCAUCCGGAACAGCUGGUGCUCUCAUGCAUGCUUCAGUGUUGCUUGCCUCGAAGCGAGCAUAGAAGUGGUUUAGCUCGUCUGGUAGGCUUGUGUCACUGGGCAGCUCGCGGCUGUGCUUCCUUUUGUAGUCUGUAAUAGUUUUCAAGCCCUGCCACAUCCGACGAGCGUCAGAGCCAGUGUAGUACCAUUCAAUCUUAGCCCUGUAUUGACUCUUUGCCUGUUUGAUGGUUCGUCGGAGGGCAUAGCGGGAUUUCUUAUAAGCGUCCGGGUUAGAGUCCCGUUCCUUGAAAGCGGCAGCUCUACCCUUUAGCUCAGUGCGGAUGUUUCCUGUAAUCCAUGGCUUCUGGUUGGGGUAUGUACGUACGGUCACUGUGGGGACGACAUCAUCGAUGCACUUAUUGAUGAAGCCAGUGACUGAUGUGGUGUACUCCUCAAUGGUGUCUGAAGAAUCCCGGAACAUGUUCCAGUCUGUGCUAGCAAAACAGUCCUGUAGCUUAGCAUCUGCGUCAUCUGACCACUUUUUUUAUUAACCGAGUCACUGGUGCUUCCUGCUUUAGUUUUUGCUUAUAAGCAGGAAUCAGGAGGAUAGAGUUAUGGUCAGAUUUGCCAAAUGGAGGCCAAGGGAGAGCUUUGUAUGCGUCUCUGUGUGUGGAGUAAAGGUGGUCUAGAGUUUUUUUCCCUCUGGUUGCACAUUUAACAUGCUGGUAGAAAUUAGGUAGAACGGAUUUAAGUUUCCCUGCAUUAAAGUCCCCGGCCACUAGGAGCGCUGCAUCUGGAUGAGCGUUUUCCUGUUGAUUUAUGGCCUUGUACAACUCAUUCAGUGCAAUCUUAAUGCCAGCAUUGGUUUGUGGUGGUAAAUAGACAGCUAUGAAAAAUAUAGAUGAAAACUUUCUUGGUAAAUAGUGUGGUCUACAGCUUAUCAUAAGAUACUCUACCUCAGGCGAGCAAAACCUCGAGACUUCCUUAGUAUUUGAUUUUGUGCACCAGCUGUUGUUUACAAAUAUACACAGACCGCCACCCCUUGUCUUACCGGAGUCAGCCGUUCUAUCCUGCCGAUGUAGCGUAUGUUAUCAUUGUCGUCGUUCAGCCUCGACUCGGUGAAACAUAGGAUAUUACAGUUUUUAAUGUCCCGUUGGUAGGAUAACCGUAAUCUUAGGUCAUCCAAUUUGUUAUCCAAUGAUUGAAGAUUGGCUAACAGGAUUGAUGGAAGAGGCAGUUUACUCGCUCGCCGUCGGAUCCUUACAAGGCACCCCGUUCUACGUCCACGAUAUCUCUGUCUCUUCCUCACGCGAAUGACGGGGAUUUGGGCCUUGUCGGGUGUCUGUAUGAUAUCCUUAACACCACAACAAGUCUGUACUGUGUUGUGGUGUUAACAAAUUGCAUAUCUGCUUUCAAUGGACAUAUUCAUAGGUUUUGAAAACUAUCAGAAAUAAACAGCACAACUUGGAAGCGUCAAUUAUCACUUUGCAACUGCUAUGGAGAAAGUGGCGCUUUGGGAAUGUUCAGACAGAAACCGCAUUGGCCCAACUCUCUCUAUAUAUAUAUGACUGUGGGUACACAGAACAACACACACCCACUGUGUCUCUCUGUUGGAGAAUGUACUGUAGCAGCUCUGCUUUGCUAUUGGCCAAUGGCCACAGGGGCAACUGGAGUCUCAACUAAACCAAAAGCUCUGAUUAGCUGGAUGGCUUACUGAGCUCUGUUAGCUCUGUUGGAUUUUAGGAAAUGGAGUGUGUCUUAUCUUGAAAAAGGUUCAAGGACUGACUGACUGAAGGUACUGUACCAUUAGCUAACAUUGUUUGUCUCGCUCCAGAUCCCCAGAGACAGUAGAUGGUCAGCCCCCGGCCUUGCCUCCCAAACAGUCCAGGAAGAACCUAAGCCAGAUCAUCCAGGCUCACUCCCAGCAGAGUCUCCUAGACAACCACAUCAAUGAGAUGUACGACGUCCCCAUGGCAACCGACAAGACCACGGUAAGACCACCCCAUAGACUUACAGGUAACUGGGGGGCCAGUAUGAAAAAUGUAUGCACUCACUAAUUGGAAGUCGCUCUGGAUAAGAGUGUCUGCUAAAUGACUAAAAUGUUAAAUGUAAAUAAAGGAAACACGAACAUAAAGUGUCUUAUGCACCUUGGCAUAGAUUCUACAAGUGUCUUGAACUCUAUUGGAGGAAUGCGACACCCUUCUUCCACAAAAAAUUCCAUAAUUUGGUGUUUUGUUGAUGGUGGUGGAAAACUUAGUCUCAGGCGCCGCUCCAGAAUCUCCCAUAAGUGUUCAAUUAGGUUGAGAUCUGGUGACUGAGAUGGCCAUGGUUAAUGGUUUACGUCAUUUUCAUUUUCAUGCUCAUCAAACCAUUCAGUGACCACUCGUGCUGAGCAAUUAACCAAUAUUUUAGUGAUUUUUUAAAUUAUUUUAAUUCCAUUUCGUUUCAAUUUUUUUCUGUGAGCUCAAUGUGCAGUUUCUGUACAGAUAAGUCAGAUGAAGCCUGAACUGUGCGAUGUAGUAGGGAGUUCCAACAGGCCAAUAUUCAACAGUUUUGCGCAGAAAACGUGGUAAUUAACUAUAAUGACCAUAAUCCAUUGCGCUCCCGCUUAAACUUGUCCGGUCUGUGCGGAGCAGACAUGGAGAAUGAGAGACGAGAGAACGCGUGAUCGAGAGGGAUAGAAAGCAGUUGCUUCAUGACCUUGAAAAUGCAUGAUCUAAGUGAUUGAUAGUUGGUAUUCAGCAGUCAUAAAAGUAUGCUUUAUUUACUUUGAAGAACUACUAAAAUAGUGAUUUUAGUAUAGGCAGCAGCUCUAUAGAGAUAAGAUGAUGACUUGGAAUUAAAUAACAGUCAUCAAAUAAAACAAAUAUUUUAUUAAAGUAAUGUUAAUAAAUGAUGGUUAUUAAGUGGUAAGCCGUAGUAGGCAGUCACUACCAUCAUGGGACUUUUAUUAAUUGUUUUUUUUAUUCAGUGUUACAGCAUUCAACCCACAAAAUGCAUUAGUGCAUUUAAAGUGGAACUGACAGCGUUUUAACUACUUUGCAGUUAUGAAACAGACAAUCAUAAUAACAGUCAAAAAUAUCAAAUUCCCAGUUUAUGCUACAAAACCAACUUUAUAAGAGGUUUUAAAAAUAGGUUUUAUUUGACUCAACAUUCCAUGGCACAAAGUAAGACAUUGCUGGCAGAAAAGAUUAAUGCAGUUCAAUGCAUGAUUAAUAUAAUUCACCAAUACAUUUGUUGGUAGUCCAAAAAAUAUUGCUAUCAGGUUGUAAAUCACAGCUGGCCUAGUACAUUAUUUGCUGCCUCCAUUCGGGAUGCAGUGUUUCAGUUUCAAUGACUUAAUAUUUUGGACAGAAAUUGAUUAAUCUAACUAAGGCUGGGAAUGUCAAUACAAUCAAACUAGCAAGAGCAAUGAUCACAAGUUAGUCAUAACGUGGCUAAUAGGCUAGCGUAUCUAUUUAUGUAGCAAGCUAAAAACACGGAGCCUAAUGUUAACUCGCUAGCUAGCUGCAAGGAGGAUGUAAUUUCAUUGGAGGAGUGGGUGAGUGACUGACUUUUCCCCCUCAUAUUUUUCGGUGGCUAUACACAGCUAGAGAUGCAGGUGUCAUUUGGUUAGCUAGCAAGCACUUGAAUGACUGUUAUACAGUUAGCAUAUCUCUUGCGUUCGCAAAUUCACUCUGGCUAUCUACUCCGAUUUCAGAGCACUCUCGUCUGAGUGUCCCAGAGCACAGAAUAACUGAUGAAUUUACGAAUGCGCAACACCUGCUGAAUAUGACAGGUGUCAGUAAACGUAGGUAAAAAAAAUGAUUUGUUAGUCACAAACUCUCUAGAUAACAUGUAAACAGCCUAGCCAACCAGCUCUGCUAGGGCGAGUAAAAUGGUCAGUGAGGUGUUCUAGAAUUUGUGUCUGGUAGUAGCUAUAGCAAGCUAUCCAACUUUAGUCAGGCAGGCAAGCUGGAGAAGGACGCGAAGGCUACAAUUCCCCAUUGUUCGUAAGUGCAAUUCUGACAGCCAACUAGCUGUAAACACACAGUCCAGUUCAAAGUGAAUGAUGGCAGGCCUGUGUGGCAAAUGGGUUGUUUGCAUAAAGGCAUACUGUAGCUCUGAUUAGCUAUGGCACACCGGUCCUGAAUGAGACAGAUCAUUUUAUUAGGGUUUAUUUACUGCAGUGCCUAUUAAUUGUCCAAACGCAAGGCCGCUUUCCCACUCUAUAUUGCUAUAGAAUUAGUAUAUGUAAUUCCCAAACAUUCUAAGAAUUUGUGAAAAUUACCAUAUUUAAGUGCUCACUUGUCAGAAAACAUUUUAAAAGUGUCAUUCUUCCUGGGGGGUGUAUAAGAACAGAUUUUAAUACGAUUUCAUGUGGCUAAAAGGCUGUCCGUUCCAUUUCAAUGUCAAAAAAAUAAUAAUCAACUCGAAAACCAUGAUUAUUUUUUUAUAAUGGAAAUGAAACAGAACUGACCUUAAAGCACUAAUCGCUCAGCACUACCACUCGUUCCCUCUGGAUGUGGGCAUUGUCAUCCUAUGGGGGCAUAGCCGUGGUAGCCAAAAUAAUUUUUAUACAUGACCCUAAGCAUGAUGUAAUGUUAAUUGCUUAAUUAACUCAGGAACCACACCUGUGUGGAAGCACCUGCUUUCAAUAUACUUAGUAUUUUUCAUUAUUUUCUAUUAUUUUGGCAGUUACCUGUAGAUUGAUGACUCAUCAUUAUGUGAUCCUUAACCCAUAGGAAUUCCCACCCAGUUGACUACUUAAAAAUGGUGAAAGUCCUCAAUGGUGCUACCCAUGCUAAAACAGGCUUUUGGGCUCUAGACUUGUGGGGUCUAAGUCUAUGGACCACCUUGACUCAGUCUGCCACUUUUACGGUUUAUGGUUUUCAUGAUGUUCCACAAUAGGUUAAUUUAGUUGUACGGAAAUGAUUUAAAACUAGGGCCAGGAGGUUUUCCUGAAACCUUCAGAGGCUCUUUAGGCUGUGACAGCCUUUCCAAUGUAGAGAUGUAUUAACGCAUCUCUAUCUCUUCCUCUACAGCUGAACGGUGUUGUCUCUCACGACAAUCUGGUUCUGCUCAAGAUGAGGCCAGAUGAUAGCGGACGAUUUGGCUUCAAUGUCAAGGUGAGACCUCUGCCUACAGUAGAUGUGCUUAUAUAAUUAUAUGCCGUAACAUGCGCCCAGAGGGUAAUCUCCUGGCCCUACUAAUACUGAUCCUAUACUAGGUAGCCUAGUGUUUAAGAGCGUUGGGCCAGUAACCUAAAGGUUGCUGGUUCGAAUCCCCGAGCCGACUAGGUGAGAAAUCGGUUGAUGUGCCCUUGAGCUAUACACUGAACUCUCAUUGCUCCUGUAAAUCACACUGGAUAAUAGUCAGAUUGUUUACCCCUCUCCAUUGCCUUGGUUUUAGGGUGGAGCUGAUCAGAAGAUGCCUGUCAUCGUGUCACGUGUGGCCCCUGGGACAUCUGUACGUUAGAACACUAUCACCAGCAACACCCCAUAUAUUUACAGUACACCUACUCAUGUUGUCCUCUCUUUGAUAAUCAAACAACCUCUCACUUUUUCUAUCACUUCCGCCCUCUCACUCACACUGAAUUUCUCACAUGAUCUUUCUCUAUGUCUAUUCUCUCUGCAUUUACCCCUCGUCUCACUCUCUCUCUCUUGCUAUUUCUCUUUCUCCUCCCUCUCGCUCUCUCUUCACCCCUCUCUCUCAUUCACUCUCAUUCUGACUCUCAUACACAGCGUGUGAAACGUUCCAUUGUUUGGCGCGAGGAGUAAGAAGAGCCAGUCGUACAGUAAACUCACACUUGUACUGUAGCUCUGUAAAUUAACUGGUCUGAUUUGACGUCACUUAGCAGCAGUCCAUUCACAGCUCAGCUAACAAGGCUUCAGGAUGUUACUCUGAUGUUGAUGAAGUCAAAAUGAACCAACAACAGUUAGUCCUAUUUGUUGUCAUUUACCACAAGCUAUUGCUACGGGUCACAGAGACCGAGUAGGAGUGUUGAUACAGGAUCAGUUUAGGCUUUUAGAUCAUAAUGAAUGAUGAUAUGGACAGGGCAAACCUGAUCCUUGAUCAGUACUCUUACUGUGAGACACUUACUCUAUGAAUGCAGGCCUAGUAUUGUAGUCUAUUCUCCCCAGUAUCACUCUAACCACUUGACCCAACCGUGUUCUGACCGCGUUCUUCUCCAACCCUCUACAGGCUGACCUGUGUGUCCCUCGUCUGAACGAAGGUGACCAAGUGGUUCUGAUCAACGGUCGUGAUAUUUCAGAGCACACUCACGACCAGGUGGUCAUGUUCAUCAAGGCCAGCUGUGAGAGCCACUCAGGAGAGCUCAUCCUAUUGGUCAGGCCCAAUGGUGAGGAGAGGGUUAGAUUUUUUUUGUUAAAUGUUUACACUUACAUUACUAAGUAAUCUCCUUGGGUUUAUUAUUACAAUGGACAAGUUAAAACAGGCCAAAUCAUCCCAAUACAGGUUGGAAGAACAGGUGACCUCAAACAAAAGUUAGGCUACCUUCCAAUAUCAACACUAUAGCAUUCCAGUUAGAAUUAAUGCAUACCUUAUAAAUUGGUUAUUAAGUAGUUUGCUGGUGUGAAUAUUAAAACUGAGCAGAGCCUUAGACUUGCCGUUCUUCUCUUGACACUGUUCUAAACGAACCGUGUUGCUUCCCUGUGUCCCCAGCCAUCUAUGACGUGGUGGAGGAGAAGCAGGAGACUGAGCCAGACUUCCAGUACAUCCCAGAGAAGUCUCCCCAGGACCCCUCUCAGCUGGACCAGGAUGCCUGGAGGGACUCCAUUAACACCCUGAAGGAGGGACUGGUCAGCGGGGGAGUACUAGCCCAGUUUGAUGUGAGUCCUCCCCUCACCUUCAAAUGUAAAGCUUUUGUCAGCAAUACUCACGUCUAUUUUUCCUAAUAUUAUUGUGAUUUUUGGUUGCACCUCGAUUCAUGUUGGUCUUGUUCACUGCUCUUUUGUCUUUCUGAGGUGACUGGAUGUGUGAUGAGAGCAAUAGCUCCCCCUAGUUUCUGCUCUAUUGUUUUGACCUCAACCGCACAAGGGAGGUUACCACUUUCUGGAGGGAAAUUCAGCCUAUGACUAAUGUUACACAAGUUUUACAAUAUCAACUUUAUUGAUGUUAUUUUACUUUAUUUCAUGGCACAGAAGAAACUACUAUUAUGUCUUUCAUCAGGCACACUUAACAGCUUCCCAUUUCUCUGCCCUGUUGUGUAAAUACACUAGAAAAAUGUAAUAAAAGUGUGGGGGCAAGGGAAACACACACGCACACACAGACCGAAUAUACCGGGAUGCACUGAGAAAAUACACACACACACACAGACCGAAUAUACCGGGAUGCACUGAGAAAAUGUGUGGGUUUAUGCAAAUAUUUGUGUUUGUCUUAAUCCGCUACUGCACUUCACAAUGUAUGCAUGUAUGCUCAUUUUAAAGAUUAGUAGCAUCUUAUGAAUUCCACAUACAGCAGGUGGAAGCAGCUUAUCCAAAGAUGUGGGCCUAUAAGACAUAGCAAGCAUUCUCAGACCUCUACAUUUUUGUUGGACAAGUUUGCACACAACUAACAAAGUAACUUCCAUCUCACAACAUGAUCAAUUUUGUUAUGUUCCCCAGCAAGAAAACAAAAAUGGUAGCGCAAACAGAAAAGGGAACUAACAAAGAGUCACUGAUAACAGCCAAAACAAAACAGGUGGGGUUUUAGGAGAGGUUCUGAAAAACACUCAUGGGGGAGUCCACUGAAAGUUGACUAGCAACAACAACUGGGACAUAAAAGACACCCACCAUGAGACCUACUAAAUUUGCCCAAGAAGAGGCAAACAAAAUUAAAACCCCACACCAAACUUAAAGACAGGAAGCAAACCAAAAAGUGGAGCAAAAUGAAAACAGGUAAGAUCAGAUAAAGGAUCGUUCUUUUAGAAAUCAAAUAGGGAGAGCCAACUAAAGGUGUUAACCCACCACAUCUCUUAAGACAACUGGAGCACUGGGCCAGCCACUCUUAAGUAUCACCUGGGCCAGCACUGUUGAAACACUUUCCCACUAACGAGAUGACAAACCAGCACAGGUGUAACAUACUGACUAAUGAGGUGACACCAAUCGGUGAGCCCCAUAUGCUAACGUCCAACCUAUGGAAUGGAAAAACCAAAGCCUGUAACAUACAAAAAGCCCAGUAGUGGCCAGCCAUUCCCAUGAAUCGGCACAGUUCCUGUUGAGAAGCUGGCACUGGAAGGUUAUUGAUGGCUUCCACUUUUGCCAGGACCGGUCUGACUUUCCCUUGCCCCACCACGUUCCCGAGAUACUGAUUAACAUUUUUUUUAAACACUUUUGUUCUUUUCUCACAGCAACUUUACCGGAAGAGGCCUGGAAUGACAAUGUUGUGUGCCAAAUUACCUCAGAACAUUUCCAAAAACCGCUACAGAGACAUCUCACCCUGUGAGUAUCCAAAACACACAGUUCACUCUACUUUUCUUAGUUAGUCUGUGUUAAGACUGUGUUAACCCACCAUUUCACACUCCACGCUCUCUCCCCUUUCUCUCGCCCCCUCUCUCCUUCUCUUCUGUUUAUAGACGACGCCACGCGGGUCAUUCUGAAAAGCACAGAUGACUACAUCAAUGCAAAUUACAUCAACGUGAGUAUCUCUAACCUCCCUCAACACAUAUGCUGUUCGCCUCAGUCCACCCACACCUACCGUGGCAUCUUUGUUCAGCGGGUCUAUAAUAGGCUUUCUAUCGGCCAAGAUGAAGGUGUAGUCUCCACUCCAAUGACUGAAAACGAAUACAUGCUCUUAUGCCCACACACUCUUGAUUAUUAACACACAGCCACACACCUAACAUACACCCCUACACACAGGUCUUAUUCUACUCUCCUCCUCUCUGUACUGUAGAUGGAGAUCCCAGUGUCGAGCCUGAUCAACCGGUACAUUGCGUGCCAGGGCCCGCUGCCCAACACUUGCCCAGACUUCUGGCAGAUGACCUGGGAGCAGGGCUCCUCCGUGGUGGUCAUGCUCACUACCCAGGUGGAGAGGGGGCGGGUACGUUUCAUAUACAAUCAACUUUGCGAUCGAGAGACGGCUGUGUCUCAGUAUGUUUGAUUAUAUUUUUGGGUAAAUGCAUUUGUCCUCUUUUCUCCCAUGGCUGAGGCGCCUAAACUGAGGCUGAAGGCUGAUGUUGCUCUAUGCCAACAGGUGAAGUGUCAUCAGUACUGGCCCAACCCUGACAGCGCUGCCACGUACGGCCACUUCCAGGUGGCCUGUCUCACUGAGGAGGGCAACUCCGCUUUCCUGGUCCGAGACAUGACCCUCACACACCUCGAGGUAACAGUACGCUCACCAGUCAUUGGUUUUUCCCAAUGGCCAGUGCUAAUGUAAUGUUAGCUAUUUGGAAGUCAAAGUAAACAUACAGAAAUGGUGGUUCACAGCUAGUCCUCCUCAAUACAGUAGGCUAUCUUCCAGGUAAUAAAAUGAUUAAAAGCGUUACAAACACAGCAGUGGGACUAUCGCUUUAAGUGUUUAAAAGAUGAGGGAGGGAGCACUUAGAAUUGCCAUGGUGACUUGUGUGGGCUGUUCUCAUGCGAUUCGUGUAUCAUGUUGCCAUGGUGACUGGCCUCUACAGCCAUGAGGCUUCCAGUAUUAACAUGUAGCCUGUGUGUGUUACCAUGGCGAUACUGAUAGAUUAUGUUAAAGGGGCAAACACAUUUAGUUUUGUCGCCAUGUAACGAGACAACACGUUUUCCCCCUGUUAUCAUGGUGAUGUUGCCCUGACUUUACUGUGUGUUGCCGUGGUGACAGAGCGACGAGGUCCGGGAGUUGACCCAGAUCCAGUACGUGGCCUGGCCGGACCACGGUGUCCCAGACGACUCAUCAGACUUCCUAGACUUUGUCAGCCUGGUGCGGAGCAAACGAACCGGCAAGGAUGAGCCCAUGGUGGUCCACUGCAGGUAGGGAGCAUAAUGCAUGACACAUCUAACACACACACAUUCUUUGGUACAGCAAGAAACACUCAAGGAAAUCUAGAGUGAAAAUUGAAUAUUUCUUCACUAAACAACUCUGUGCGUUUAUCGCAGGGUCCCUCUAUCUGACUAGCCCCAGUCUCACUCUCCCUCAAAUUAAACUACUCCUCUCCCUCUUUGUGGAGCUGUUUGUCCUACUAUACUCCUACAAAGUGUUUCCUCAGGCAAAAUGUGUAGCAGUGGGAGGAAAAGGUUGUGGAAGAGGGCACCCCCCCAUGUAGAAGGACUGAGAAGCUCAGUUCUGAUGACUUUUUAAAAGCAUAUUCUACUCUAAAAUGAAUGAAAAAUAAAAAUUAUAAAUAUAAUUUCCACCUCAAGUAAUGACCCCAAUAACAUAUUGGUCAAAUAAUUUGUUAAAAUUAUUUUAACAUAUUGGACCAUGCAUAAAGCGUGUACAUGGUCCAUAUUAUCAGGUAUGCUAAUAGCAAUAAGCAUAGCCCAACUGAUGCAGCAUAGUGCCUAUAAAUAAAUAGGAUGAAGCAUGAGGAUACCAGUGAAUAUAAUGUAGGCCUACCUGUUAGGGGAGCUUGGGGUAAUUCUCCAACCGGGGUAACGGUUUUACAGAAACCACUUCAUGGCACAAUAUUCCUCCCCAACACUUUCCCUGGUCGCCCCUUCUUUUGCUCAACUAAAGUUUUUCUGCUUCAUCACAAUUUAGGUCACUCCAAAAAAGCUAUUUUGAGGUAGGGUGGCGUUUAACCCCAAGGUACCCUACACACAAUUUACCCGUGUUACAUUUAGCCCCACUCUCCCCUAUGCACGAAUUGUAGAGUGGUAACAUGCUGCUGCUAAAAACUCUGGGUUUAAAAUGGUGCAGUUCGCACAUAUUUAGGAGUUGAGAAAUAAAGUAGGAAUGGAAUGCUGGGAUCCCCCUCUUUUUAACAAAGGCCAUUAAAACUGCUGUUUUCCCUACGAUUGCAAGAAUUGUUGUGCAUUGACUGCUUGUCAGAAUGCAUGUUUCCCUCCCUAUGGCACUCGUAACUUGAAUGCGCCUCGACAGGAAUAUUUAUCUUGCAUAGAACACACAACAAGCCGACUAGGUAAAUAGAUAAACUAUUCUACUAUGGGGUUUAAUGACUGCAGCGGAAACACUACUCCUACACACUGCUGUAGUACACAGCCCAGCAGCCCAGAACGCUCCACAUAGAACACCUACACGCCUUUAUAAAUCCACAUCUCAGGCCUUAUUCAAGCCAAGUUAUCUGACUCAGCCAAUACAUGUCCCCCUUCUCUCCCCCCUUGUGUCAUCCUGCAGUGCGGGGAUUGGCCGAACAGGAGUUCUCAUCACCAUGGAGACAGCGUUGUGCCUGAUGGAGUGCAGUCAGCCCGUCUAUCCAUUAGACAUAGUCAGAACCAUGAGGGACCAGAGAGCCAUGAUGAUUCAGACACCUGUAAGUCCUCCACUCUUCUCUUCGUCCUCCUCUUCUAUCCCUCUCUUUAUCCUCAUCUCUCUCUCUUCCUCUCCCGUCUGUCUGUAUUUAUAUUUUUCUCUCUUCUUCCUCCUCUUUAUCUAGUCUAGGCUAACUUGCCUCCAUCGCCUUAUCCAGAAUGGCGAGUUAGAAUAAAAGGAGCACAGUCACAGUGUAGUCUUGUACAGUGUUACUAAUUGAAAGGAGAGGAUACUGUGAUUAUGCUUAUUUUAUUCAUCCCUGUUGUACAGUCAAUGGAAGACUUUCCAUUGUUACAGUCUACCAGUGAUAAUAUUUUGUGCCAAGACAAUGCCAUUGUCUCUCCAGAUUGCCAUUUUUAGGGUAGGUGUAAGGAUUUUGUUUCCUACACUUGUUGAUAUUUACUUGUCUGGGCUAUAGUAUAGUAUAUACAGUGGGGUCUGAAAUUAUUGACACCCUUGAAAAAGAUUAGCAAUAAAAACUGUAUGACAUAAAUAAUUCAAAACUGUAUUGUGUGCAAAAAACUAAAGGGGAAAUUAUUUUAUACUAAUACAAUUGCUCAGAGAAAGAGAUUUAGUUAAACAAGUGAAACUUUUUUUCUGAAAAAUUUCAACAUUCUUAAAAAUUGAGUAGCCAAAAGUGUAGUAUUGGUCCCAUAUUCCUAGCACACAAUGACUACACCAAGCUUGACUCUACAAACUUGUUGGAUGCCUUUACAUUUUGUUUUGGUUGUUUUUCAGAUUGUUUUGUGUCCAAUAGAAAUGAAUGGUAAAUAAUGUAUUGUAAUUUUUUUGUCACUUUUAUUGCAAAUAACAAUAUAAUAUGUUUCUAAACACAUUAAUGUGGAUGAUACCAUGAUUAUGGAUCAUCCUGAAUGAAUCGUCAAUAAUGAUGAGUGAGAAAGUUAGAUUAUUUAUUUUAUACAGUCAUUAUUACUCAUCUUUAUCAAGGGUGUCAAUCAUUUCAGACCCCAUUGUACCAUGCUCCAUCCUAACCAGCUCUACAGUGUAAUAUAUGCCCUAAUAUAUACAGUGCCUUCGGAAAGUAUUCAGACCCCUUGACUUUUUCCACAUUUUGUUACGUUACAGCCUUAUUCAAAAAUUGAUUAAAUAACAAAAAUGCCUCAUCAAUCUACACACAAUACCCCAUAAUGACAAGGUGAAAACAGGUUUUUAGAAAUGUUUGCAAAUGUAUUAAAAUAAAAAACUGAAAUACCUUAUUUACAUAAGUAUUCAGACCCUUUGCUAUGAGACUCGAAAUUGAGAUCAGGUGCAACCUGUUUCCAGUGAUCAUCCUUGAGAUGUUUCUACAACUUGAUUGGAGUCCACCUGUGGUAAAUUCAAUUGAUUGGACAUGAUUGUAAAAGGCACACACCUGUCUAUAUAAGGUCCCACAGUUGACAGUGCAUGUCAGAGCAAAAACCAAGCCAUGAGGUCGAAGGAAUUGUCUGUAGAGCUCCGAGACAGGAUUGUGUCGAGGCACAGAUCUGGGAAAGGGUACUAAACAAAUUCUGCAGCAUUGAAGGUCCCCAAGAACACAGUGGCCUCCAUUAUUCUUAAAUGGAAGAAGUUUGGAACCACCAAGACUCUUCCUAGAGCUGGCCUCCUGGCCAAACUGAGCAAUCAGGGAAGAAGGGCCUUGGUCAGGGAGGUGACCAAUAACCCGAUGGUCACUCUGAUAGAGCUCCAGAGUUCCUCUGUGGAGAUGGGAGAACCUUCCAGAAGGACAACCAUCUCUGCAGCACUUCACCAAUCAGGCCUUUAUGGGAGAGUGGCCAGACGGAAGCCACUCCUCAGUAAAAGGCACAUGACAGCCCGCUUGGAGAUAGCCAAAAGGUACCUAAAGACUCUCAGACCAUGAGAAACAAGAUUCUCUGGUCUGAUGAAACCAAGAUUGAACUCUUUGGCCUGAAUGCCAAGCGUCACGUCUGGAGAAAACCUGGCACCAUCCCUACUGUGAAGCAUGUUGGUGGCAGCAUCAUGCUGUGGUGAUGUUUUUCAGCAGCAGGGACUGGGAGACUAGUCAGGAUCGAGGGAAAGAUGAACGGAGCAAAGUAGGACAACAAUCCUAAGCACACAGCCAAGACAACGCAGGAGUGGCUUCGGGACAAGUCUCUGAGUGGCCCAGCCAGAGCCCGGACUUGAACCCGAUCGAACAUCUCUGGAGAGACCUGAAAAUAACUGUGCAGUGACACUCCCCAUCCAACCUGACAGAGCUUGAGAAGAAUGAGAGAAACUCAACAAAGGUUACCCCCGGACAGGGCCAACCAGGCAGGAUAUAACCCCAACCACUUUGCCAAAGCACAGCCCCCACACCACCAAAGGGAUAUCAACAGACCACUAACUUACUACCCUGAGACAAGGCAGAGUAUAGCCCACGAAGAUGUCCCUCGCCGCACGAGCCAGAGGGGGCGCAAAACCAGACAGGAAGAUCACGUCAAGGCUCUGAUGAAGGCGAUUAAUGCCGAAACGUAAGCCGAUUGUUUACUUGUCCCGUCUUUAAUUUUAGGGGACCGAGUGGCGCAGCGGUCUAAGGCACUGCAUCGCAGUGCUAGAGGCGUCACUACAGACCCGGGUUCGAUCCCAGGCUGUAUCACAACCGGCCGUGAUCGGGAGCCCCAUAGGGCGGUGCACAAUUGGCCCAGUGUAGUCCGGGUUAGGGGAGGGUUUGGCCGGGGUAGGCCAUCAUUGUAAAUAAGAAUUUGUUCUUAACUGACUUGCCUAGUUAAAUAAAGGUUAUAACAGUAUAUGGCCAUUAAGGCCAGAUUUUUCUCCAAGAUGUUCAAACGUUCAUAGAUGACCAGCAGGGUCAAAUAAAACUCAGUGGUUGCAACAGGUCAGUACAUCAGGAGUAAAUGUCACUUGGCUUUUCAUAGCCGGGCAUUUAGAGGUUGAAAUAGCAGGUGUGGUAGAGAGAGAGAGUUGAAAAUAGCAGGUCUGGGACAAGGUAGCACGUCCAGUGAACAGGUCAGGGUUCCAUAGCCGCAGGAAGAAGAGUUGAAACUGGAGCAGUAGCACGACCAGAUGCUGCGGACAGCAAGGAGUCAUCAGGCCAGGUAGUCCUGAGGCAUGGUCCUAGGGCUCAGGUCCUCCGGGAGAGGAGGGAGAGAGGGAGUACUCAGUACUUUGUUGAAGCACCUUUGGCAACGAUUACAGCCUCAAGUCUUCUUGGGUAUAACGCUACUAGCUUGGCACACCUGUAUUUGGUGAGUUUCUCCCAUUUUUCUCUGCAGAUCCUCUCAAGCUCUGUCAGGUUGGAUGGGGAGCGUCGCUGCACAGCUAUUUUCAGGUCUCUCCAGAGAUGUUCGAUUGGGUUCAAGUCCGGGCUCUGGCUGGGCCACUCAAGGACAUUCAGAGACUUGUCCCGAAGCCACUCCUGCAUUGUAUUGGCUGAGUACUUAGGGUCAUUGUCCUGUUGGAAGGUGAACCUUCGCCCCAGUCUGAGGUCCUGAGCGCUCUGGAGCAGGUUUACAUCAAGGACCUCUCUGUACUUUACUCCGUUCAUCUUUCCCUCGAUCCGGACUAGUCUCCCAGUCCCUGCUGCUGAAAAACAUCACCACAGCAUGAUGCUGCCACCACCAUGCUUCACAGUAGGGAUGGUGCCAGGUUUCCACCAGACGUGACGCUUGACAUUCAAGCCAAAUAGUUAAAUCUUGGUUUCAUCAGACCAGAUAAUCUUGUUUCUCAUGGUCAGAGUCCUUUAGGUGCCUUUUGGCAAACUCCUAGCGGACUGUCAUGUGCCUUUUACUGAAGAGUGACUUCCGUCUGGCCACUCUACCAUAAAGGCCUGAUUGGUGGAGUGCUGCAGAGAUGGUUUUCUUUCUGGAAGGUUCUCCCAUCCCCACAGAGAAACUCUGGAGCUCUGUCAGAGUGACCAUCGGGUCCUUGGUCACCUCCCUGACCAAGGCCCUUCUCCCCCGAUUGCUCAGUUUGGCCGAGCGGCCAGCUCUAGGAAGAGUCUUGGUGGUUCCAAACUUCUUCCAUUUAAGAAUGAUGUAGGCCACUGUGUUUCUUGGGGACCUUCAAUGCUGCACACAAUUUUUGGUAACUUUCCCCAGAUCUGUGCCUCGACACAAUCCUAUCUUGUAGCUCUACAGACAAUUCCUUCAACCUCAUGGCUUGCUUUCUUCUCUGACAUGCACUGUCAACUGUGGGACCUUAUAUAUAUAUAUAUAUAUAUAUAUAUAUAUAUAUAUAUAUAUAUAUAUAUAUAUAUAUAUAUAUAUAUAUAUAUAUAUAUAUAUAUAUAUAUAUAUAUAUAUAUAUAUAUAUAGACAGGUGUGUGCCUUUCCAAAUCAUGUCCAAUCAAUUUAAUUUACCACAGGUGGACUCCAAUCAAGUUGUAGAAAAUCUCAAGGAUGAUCAAUGGAAACAGGAUUCACCUGAUCUCAAUUUCGAGUCUCAUAGCAAAGGGUCUGAAUACUGUAAAUAGGUAUUUCCGUUUUUUGGGCUGUAAUGUACCAAAAAGUGGAAAAGUCAAGGGGUCUGAAUACUUUCCGUAUGCACUGAAUAUCCAGAUACAGGGCUGUAUCUGGAACUGCAUGUUGAAGAUGGAAAUAGAAUGAAUAGCAAACACAAUGUCUUGUACUAUUCCAAUCUAUCUGACAAUCAUAUUUGAUCUAUACAUUUCUGUCUGAACAUUCUGUAAAUAUCCAUUCUCCUGAUUGUCCAUUGCCAACCGCUGUGUCUUUGUGAGACGCGUUGUGGGUCAACGGAUGAUCUCCGCAUGUGUAGUUCCCUCCGUAAUGCAUGGAGGAGGAGGUGUCAUGGUGUGGGGGUGCUUUGCUGGUGACACUGUCUAUGAUUUAGGCCCCGUGUAGCUCAGUUGGUAGAGCAUGGCGCUUGCAACGCCAGGGUUGUGGGUUCGUUUCCCACGGGGGGCCAGUAUGAAGAAAAAAAAAAAAUGUAUGCACUCACUAACUGUAAGUCGCUCUGGAUAAGAGCGUCUGCUAAAUGACUAAAAUGUAAAAUGUAAAAUAUGUACAUAAUCAAGUCAAACCAAUUAACCAAUGAUAUUGUGUAAAGAUACGUAUAAGUUGUGACACUCAACUACUGUAUGACUCUUUCAACAUGCCACUGAAAAGGUCAAAAGCUGCAAUUAAUUUAAUGAUACCUGAAAAUACUGCAGAGAAAUUCAAAGCCAUUUGCAAGCAUUGCAAGUAGGAUGCUUAGCAAAAAAACUACUUCAAGCCUCUUUGUCCAUCUGAGUGUUCUUGUUUCAAACACACGCAAUCAUCUUUAAAGGGAUAGUUUACACAGAAUACAAACAUGAUUUUCAACCUACCUUGGCUGUAGUUGAUUCAAGAAGGCAGUUUUGGGAUAUUUAUUUUCCAUUCGACACUUAAUAGCCAGAUUUUGUUACUCUUAGUAUUCUCAGUAACACUAAAACUGUUAACACAUUAAACUGUUCUUGUUUCUAUGUAAUACAACUUCAAUUACUUUUGGAGCAACAUUUUAUUAGCAUGUUACAAGAACUUGAUGUCAAGUGUAACUGCAUUACGUUAUGCCUCACUCAUUAUGAACAUAUAUUUGUUAGUCAUUUUGAGGCUGCAAAAGUGGUCUACUCUAAUGUUGAAGUGAUUCUAUGUCCCUCAUUUAUUUAAUUCUAGGCUAUAGGCUAUAUUAAGAUUCAUAUCUGAGAUCCCUCCAAACCAUGUGCUAAUCAUAUAUUUAGACUAAUUCAACUGUUCUUUUUGGUUCUUCAUCAAAUAUUUGGCAGCCAUCAAAUAAAUAUUUAUUUUAGUUUUCAAAUAACUUGUAUAUAUAAUAAGAGUAUAUGCCAUUUAGCAGAUGCUUUUAUCCAAAGCGACUUACAGUCAUGGAUGCAUACAUUUUACAUGUGGGUGGCCCCGGGAAUUGAACCCACAACCCUGGCGGUGCAAGCGCCAUGCUGUACCAACUGAGCCAUACAGGACCAAAUACCUUCAAAUAUUAUUUGGUUUUCUGAGAAGUAUUCAAAGUACUUUCAAAUAUUAUUUAGUUUUCUGAGACCUGUAUUUGAAUAUCAAAGAAAAUAGUUGCCUUUUUAGUUUAAACUCUAUAUUCGACUACCUCGAGUAUUGACUACAAAAUACAACUAUUUUCUGCCCAGGUCUGGCUGUUUCUCAUCUAGACCCAGAGUCUCUGGGUGUGUCCUAAAUGGCAUCCUAUUCCCUAUAUAUUGCACUACUUUUAACCAGAGUCCUAUUGGCCCUGUUCAAGAGUAGGGCACUAUAUAUGGAAUAGAGUGCCAUUUGGGAAGCACACUAUAUUCUCUAUCUCUCUCUCUAGAGAACUCAGUAUGAGUGCCAUUUGUCCCCGUGCACAGCCCAGAGACCCAGGGUAACAGAGGUAGAGAUGAUGAUGCAGCUGUAAUUUUGUUAGGAUAUGCUGAGCUCUAAUGAGGCUAGCACACCCUCGGGGUCCGGGGGGAUAGGGGGAGGAUGAGGUGGAGGAAGGAUGGAAGAUGAGGGGGUAGUAAGAGACCACGCUAAUGAGAGUAGGGUAAAAGAGGGGGCUUUCAUGCAUUUCCUUCCUCCAGUCAUACACACUGAACUAAGUGUGCGCAUACACAAUAAUCUAAGUACACAUAUUCACACAUACUCUCCCUCUUUCCCUAGUACACAUACACACACAUAGUGACAAACAUGGGUACACACACAUGUACACACACACCACUGCACCCCACCUCAGGGAAGUUAGCUGUUCAGGUUGUUUAUUCACCCCUGGCUGCAUCUGUAUCCCAAUCACUGGCUGCUCUGGCUCGUUUGCUCAUGCCUUGCCAUUAGCUCCUAAUGUUGUUGACGUUCUCUUCCUUCCCCCUCUCUUUCUCUUCUGUGUCCUAAGAGCCAGUACAAGUUUGUGUGUGAAGCCAUCUUGAGGGUCUAUGAGGAAGGCCUGGUCAAACCCCUGAAGUCCACCCUAUACCAGAGAGAAGAAGAAGUCGAAGUAGAAAAUGGAGGAGAAGAGGAAGAAGAUGAAGAUGUUAGUAUUAGCAUUAGCGCUAGUGUGACCAGUGAGACCAGCGUGACCAGCGAUUGCCCUGAACCCUGA